CCCUGAUAUGAGGGGGCGGAUCUAACGCAGAGAGCGCGAGCCCAGGGUCUCUCUCUCUCUCCCUCGCCCCGCCCAAACUCCCCUCAGACUGUUGUUUCCGGCGUCCUGUGCCGUAUCUAAGAUACUGAAGGGGCGGUUAGGACUAGCCCACACGAUGGCCCAUAAGGGGGGGGAGGAGAGAGGAGGAGAAGGUUCCAACCGCACCGUGUCCCAGAGAAGCCAGUUGACUGACGAAUGACUUUCUCACGGUAGAGUGUUACCCCAACCCUACGCGUUCCGCCGGGCAAAAACACUCGCUUUCCCUUCAGCCGGAAAGGCCUCAGAGGCACCCCCCCCCUGCGAAAAUGGAGCGGCCUGCGGAGGGCGUGGUCUCUCGCGGAUUUCAGUUAACGGUUGCGGCAGAAGCGGCUCUCUCGCGCCCCGCCCCGCGCGCGCUCCUUUUGUGUUCUGAGCGGGGCUGGCGCGUCCUCCUUCCCUCGGAGGAGAGCAGGUAGUCCGUCUUCUCUUCCCUUCGAAGCGUUGCGGGAUGAGGCCGCGAGCGAGCUAGAGGCUCCGGCGCCGUGUCUUCCGCGCCCCUCAGCCCUUCCUUUCAGUGGGAGAUAUUAUUAUUAUUAUUAUUAUUAUUAUUAUUAUUAUUACUUCGCCCGCCCAUACGGGCUCCUCCCCGCGUGCCUCAGGGGUGUCAUUGGGGGCUGAGGGUGGGAGCUGCUUCCCUCAGCAAAGAGGCAGCGUCCGGAGGAUUUAAAAACGCGAGUGUUUUUUUGGUUUAUUUUUUGCACUCAGCGGUCCAUUCCGAGGAAGGGAUUAGAAAUACGCCGCCCCUUUUGCCAUCACCUUCACCAUCUUUCUCCUCCUCUUGCUGCUUCUCCCCCUUCAUUUCGCAGAGACUCGGCGCCUCUAAUAACUGUAACAGGCAGUCAUUCAACAGGUGAAAAUCCCUCGCUCUUGGGAUUUCCGCGAGGGGAGAAACUUGCCCGGCGUUUCUCCCUAUCUUUGUUUCUUCUUUUUUCCUCUUUCUAUUUCCAAAACCGAAAAAAGAAAAAUUACAAACAUCGAAUUCAACAUCCAUAUUCAUUUUCUAACAUAAACCUAUUACAUAAUUAGCUAAAUUAAAAUAUACCUAGGUUUCUCUCUAUCUUGUUAAGAAGUCCACCAAACGUAGCUGAAAGGGGAUGGGGGAAGUGCCGGUGGUUGCUACACACACACACACACACACACACUGCUUUAAAAAAAAAUGUUUAGGGGUACUCUCAUUUUGACUCAAGAAAAUCAUCAUUUUAUAGUUCAAAUUGGGGGAAAUAAAUACAGCAAAUGGACAAAAGUACAAAGAUUCAGAAAAUGUUCAGAGGUGUGCGUACCCCAGAAAAGCAGACAUACAUAUAUAUAUAUAUACACACACACAUAUAUAUGUACACACACACAUAUAUAAACACACACACACACACACACACAUAUAUAUAUAUAUAUAUGUACACGCAUAUAUAUAAAAGCUGCUUUUGCUGCAAGAGCAGCUUACUUUCUAAAAUAUUUUGAACUCUUGAAAUCCCUUUCUUUUCCCACAUUUUUUAGUUUAUGCAAACAUAAUUACAAUAAAAACAGCACCAGCCCUUUAAUUAAAAGCCAUCAGUUCUCAAAAGCCUGUUGAAACAAGAAAGUUUGCAUCUGCUUGGGAGGGAGUUCCAGGGUCUGGGAGCACCAAAAAGGCGGUGAUGGUGAUGGUAAUGGUAAUAAUAAUGUUUUUGUAUAUUUCCCAGGAUCCAUAAAGGUUGCCCUAUAAUCUAUCCCAAAUUGAAUUGGGUGUUGCAGACACUAAUUCUCACUGUAACAGAUCUAUGGGCCUCCUGUAAAGUUUUCUGGCAAAACUUCCUAACUGAUGGAUAUGGAGCCAAGAACAGAACUUGGCGCCACCAGGAACGACUUUUCUUGCAAGAGCAGCUUGCUGCUUUCAAAAAUAUCUUGAACUCUUGAGAUCCCUUUCUCUUCCCACAUUUUUUAAAUUUAUGCAAGUUCUUAACAUGUAAAAAGGUAAAGGUACCCCUGCCCAUACGGGCCAGUCGUGUCCAACUCUAGGGUUGUGCGCCCAUCUCACUUAAGAGGCCGGGGGCCAGCGCUGUCUGGAGACACUUCCGGGUCACGUGGCCAGCAUGAUGAAGCUGCUCUGGCGAGCCAGCGCAGCACACGGAAACGCCGUUUACCUUCCCGCUUGUAAGCGGUCCCUAUUUAUCUACUUGCACCCGGGGGUGCUUUCGAACUGCUAGGUUGGCAGGCGCUGGGACCGAGCAACAGGAGCGCACCCCGCCGUGGGGAUUCGAAACGCCGACAAUGCGAUCGGCAAGCCCUAGGUGCUGAGGUUUUACCCACAGCGCCACCCGCGUCCCCUAAACAUGUAAUUGUAAUCUAAUGUAUAAUCUGCACUGCUAAUUAGUUAAUCCCCCCUACUCCAGAAGAGAAAUAUGUUAGUAAGUUACCUAUAUAAAUAAUAAACAAUUAACAAUGGCUUUUAUCCUAGUCCUUUAGAAAGAAGGUACAGCUCAUUCUUUCGUAUUAUGUCACUUUGUAUACCAUAAGUGUCACCUAGAUUGAGUUCUCAGGCUCUCCUCAUAGACAUUAAAGUCAUCAUAUGUAAAAUAUUGUGUUGCUCAGGCUCCCUUAGUUGUAGGUUGCUGUGCAUGUCAGGGAUGAGAAACUGGUGGUCCUCCAGAAGUUGGCUCUGCUAGCUGAGGCAGAUGGGAUUUGGACUCUAGGUACCUCUGGAGGGCCACAGGUUCUAAUUCUUUAGUGUAAGUUAUUCUCUUAAAGACUAUAUAAAACUACAUGCCUAUAAACAUUUUGUAGGUUAUGCUAUUCAAAAAAUCAAGGUGUUCAUUCUUAUAUUAAAUUAGAGGAGUUUUCUUUUCAUUUUGAGGUUUUAAUUUUGUGGCUUUGAUUUAAUUUAUGUAUACAGGUUUUAUUAUGGAGAACUUUAUUUUGUAUGAAGAGAUUGGAAGAGGAAGCAAAACAGUUGUAUAUAAAGGGAGAAGAAAAGGAACUAUUAAUUUUGUGGCUAUUUUGUGCACUGAGAAAUGCAAGAGAGCUGAAAUAACAAACUGGGUAAGAACUACAUUGAUUAUUUUAGAAAGAGAUGUAAAUGAAAUGAUUCAACAUAUUUUCAGAUACAAAUGUGCCAUUUGGUUGAAAAAGUCCACAAUAAUUUUGAACAAGAUCCAUGUUCCAAUUAGCUGUACUUUAAAGGGUUCUUUAGCAGAAUCUAGAAACUUCUUUUUCCUCUUAAAUUUUGGGUGUGCUCAGAUUGGAUAAUUAUGGUGGGUACCCUGAGUGUUCAUUGUAUGCUUCGUGACUGUUUCAUAAGAAAUCCUUUACAUUCUGGAAAAAUCAUAAAUGCAACAACUGUUGGUUUUUGACUUUUAUGAGGUAAACAGUCAUUACAUAUAUCUCUGGAGAAUUCACUACGGUUGUAAUUCAGAUGUGCUGGAGAAAGAUGUGGCUGCACAAUAGUGUGAAGAGAGCUUGGCACAAAAACACAGCAACCCACAGGAUUUUUGUGUGCCACAGUUUUGUCUGAAACUGAUUUGGCAAUUGCUCAAUCAAUCCCUAUUUUACUUAACUCUGAAAGGCUCUUGUCUUGGGCAGUUCUCUCUCUCUGAAAUAACUCUGUUUGGGAUGAGAAGCAAGAGUAAUAUAUGGUAUAUAUGGGUGGAUUUGGUUCCCAUUUCACCUUUGUUACAAAGACUAAUCAGGUUUGAUCAAAUGAAGUGUUCAUGAAGAGGCCUACAGGGCAAUUUAUGGUUUCAAAAAUGUUUUUAAUUGACUAAUCUCAAACUUUUAAAAAAAAUAGCUAUAGGCCUUCAAUGUUUUGUUCAAUCCUUUUCUGUCUUGAAAAUUCACAGUCUGUAAACCAUCCAUCACACCUUUUGUUUUGUACUUUUCUUGGAACAUAAUGAAUCCACCCCAACAUUUUUCACAAAUGUAUUAAUCUAUUACCAUCCUCUUGUGUCUUUCCCAUGGGGACCGGGGGAAUCCUAGUCUGCUACAUUGCUUUUUGCAUAGACAUCUCUUGAAUUCCAACUUCUUAAGGGCUACUGUUCCAUUUUGUGCCUGUCCCAUCCUCAACCGAAACCAACUCAUAUGUGGAUAAUCUGUUGCAGGUGCGCCUUACUCAUGAAAUUAGGCACAAGAACAUAGUAACAUUUCAUGAAUGGUAUGAAACAAGCAAUCACCUCUGGCUUGUGGUGGAAUUGUGCACAGGUAAGCAGCUGUUAAACACAAUGUUUUGUGGCCGUUGUUUCCCAAGGGCCAUCUAGAGAAGCCUUGAGGGAUGGAUUUGGUCCCUAGACUCCCCACCUCCAUUUUACUAGGUCCAAUCAAAAUUUCACAAGUGGGAAGCUACCAGAGAAAAGGCCUGUUCUCAUAUUGCUGCCAGUGCAAUCGGGCCAGGAUUGGUGUUAUAUGCUCAAGGAGGCUUGCCCUGGUGAGCAACCUGAUCGCUGAAUGCUGUGCCAGUGGAAGUUUCCGUACCAUCAUCAGAGGCAGCCCCAUGUAUAAUGUGUUGCAGUAAUCUAACCUAGAGGUUACCAGAGCAUAGACAACAGUAAUCGGCAAAAAAUAAAACUUAAUCCAUUGGCUCUGGUGCCCCACUUUUAAAUCUACACUUCAGGUAAGACCAAUCGUUCUUUCUACUACCAGCAUCAGAGGCAUUAUGGCUCUGAAUACUGCAUGCUAGGAAUCGCAGGUGGGCAGUGUAGAUCAAAGCUUUCGUAUGCCUAUUUUGUCAGAAAAAGCUUAUGGGUAAAAAUUUACAUAGUACUACAGAGGUCAGUUAAUUUGUUUUUUUUUUUAAAAAACCACUUCAUAGCAGAAUAUCCAUAAAUGCCUUACAGGUGGAUCACUGGAAAUGGUAAUUACUCAAGAUGAAUGUCUACCUGAGGUGGUUGUGAGAGAAUUUGGUGUUGAUUUGGUUACUGGACUCCAUCAUAUUCACAACCUUGGAAUUCUCUUCUGUGACCUUACACCUGGGAAGGUAAGAGGGAAUGAUUUCUGAAAACAACUUUAAAAAAAAUAAUUCAAGAAAUCACUAAUUGAUAUACCUUACAGAUUCUCCUUGAAGGACCUGGUACACUGAAGUUCAGUAACUUUUGCUUGGCUAAAGCAGAGGGUGAAAACUUGGAGGAAUUUUUUGCUUUAAUUGGAACAGAAGACGGAGGAGGUGAUAGUGAUGAAAACUCAAGACAAAAUCUGAAGAACAGAUUCAGAGGUACAUUGCAAUAUGUAAGGACAGCAGUUGCAAAAGACAGAGUUGUAAUUAAAAUUGUGUAAUGGUUCUAUUUUCUAAAACUUGAAAUGGGGGAACUAAUUCAGUGAUAUCUUACCCUGCCUUAUUGAAAGCAGUGAUUCUACAUUUGAUGGAUAGGGCAUCUGUGACCCUCAGUAUGUUGCUCCAGCUCCCAUCGUUCUUCACCACUGGCUGUGCCAGUUAGUGCUAGUAGUAACCUUUUAUAAUAAUAAUAAUUUAUUAUUUAUACCCCGCCCAUCUGGCUGGGUUUCCCCAGCCACUCUGGGCGGCUUCCAACUGAAUAUUAAAAACAGUACAGCAUCAGACAUUAAAAACUUCCCUGAACAGGGCUGCCUUCAGAUGUCUUUUAAAGAUAGGAUAGCGGCUUAUUUCCUUCACAUCUGAAGGGAGGGUGUUCCACAGGGUGGGCACCACUACCUAGAAGGCCCGCUGCCUGGUUCCCUGUAACCUUACUUCUCGCAAUGAGGGAACCGCCAGAAGGCCCUCGGCGCUGGAUCUCAGUGUCCGGGCUGAACGAUGGGGGUGGAGACGCUCCUUCAGGUAUACAGGACCAAGGCCGUUUAGGGCUUUAAAGGCCAGCACCAACACUUUGAAUUGUGCUCAGAAACGUACUAGGAGCCAAUGCACAUCUCUCAGAACCGGUGUUAUGUGGUCCCGGCGGCCACUCCCAGUCACCAGUCUAGCUGUCGCAUUCUGGAUUAAUUGCAGUUUCCGGGUCACCUUCAAAGGUAGCCCCACGUAGAGUGUGUUGCAGUAGUCCAAACGGGAGAUAACUAGAGCAUGCACCACUCUGGCAAGACAGUCCGCGGGCAGGUAGGGUCUUAGCCUGCGUACCAGGUGGAGCUGGUAGACAGCUGCCCUGGACACAGAAUUAACCUGUGCCUCCAUGGACAGCUGUGAGUCCAAAAUGACUCCCAGGCUGCGCACCUGGUCCUUCAGGGGCACAGUUACCCCAUUCAGGACCAGGGAAUCCCCCACACCCGCCCGCCCCCUGUCCCCCAAAAACAGUACUUCUGUCUUGUCAGGAUUCAACCUCAAUUUGUUAGCCGUCAUCCAUCCUCCAACAGCUUCCAGGCACUCACACAGGACCUUCACCGCCUUCACUGGUUCUGAUUUAAAGGAGAGGUAGAGCUGGGUGUCAUCUGCAUACUGAUGAACACCCAGCCCAAACCCCCUGAUGAUCUCUCCCAGUGGCUUCAUAUAGAUAUUAAAAAGCAUGGGGGAGAGGACAGAACCCUGAGGCACCCCACAAGUGAGAGCCCAGGGGUCUGAACACUCAUCCCCCCCCACCACUUUCUGGACACGGCCCAGGAGAAAGGAGCGGAACCAACGUAUAACAGUGUCCCCAGCUCCCAGCCCCUCUAGACGGUCCAGAAGGAUGUUAUGGUCGAUGGUGUCAAAGGCCGCUGAGAGAUCCAGCAGAACUAGGAAACAGCUCUCACCUUUGUCCCUAGCCCGCCGGAGAUCAUCAACCAGCGCGACCAAGGCAGUCUCAGUCCCAUGGUGAGGCCUGAAUCCCGAUUGGAAGGGAUCCAAAUGGUCCGCAUCCUCCAGGUGUGCUUGGAGUUGUUUGGCAACCACCCGCUCAAUCACCUUGCCCAAGAAUGGUAAAUUUGAGACUGGGCGAUAGUUGGCCAAAUUGGCUGGGUCUAAAGAUGUUUUUUUAAGAAGCGGUUUAAUGACCGCCUCUUUCAGCAGGUCUGGGAAGGCUCCCUCACAGAGGGAAGCAUUCACCACCCCGCAGAGCCCAUCGCCCAGCCCUUCCCGGCUCACGUUUAUCAGCCAGGAUGGGCAAGGAUCAAGGAGACAGGUGGUCGGUUUCACUUGUCCAAGCAGCCUGUCCACAUCCUCGGAGGUAACAGAUUGGAAUUGAUCCCAUGUAACAGGACUAGACAGAACUCUAGCACUCUCCCACCCUGGCCCUGCUCCCACGAUGGAGUCUACCUCCUUCUGAAUCUGAGCGACUUUAUCUGCAAAAACUUUGCAAAAGCAUUGCAGGAGAUCUUGGGGUCCCUACCAGGCCCCGGUGGUGCAGGUGGUUCCGAUAGAUUGCGAACCACCUGAAAAAGUCUCCUGCUGCUGUUUUCUGCAGAUGCAAUGGAGGCGGUGAAGAAGGCCCUCUUCGCCGCUGCCAUUGCCACUUGGUAGGCUCGACGUUGAGCUCUAGCCCGUGUCCGGUCUGAUUCAGAAUAAGUUUUCUGCCACCGGCGCUCUAGCCAUCUCAACGAUUGUUUCAUCACCCUCAGCUCCGGGGAAAACCACGGGGCUGUCCGGGCUCCAUGCAAUCGGAGAGGGCGCUUCGGAGCCAGACAGUCAAUAGCCCUGGUUAACUCCGCAUUCCAGCGGGCCACCAGGGAAUCAGCUGAAAGGCCAUCAACUUGGGGUAAAACACCCCCUACCACUCUCUGGAAGCCAGUUGGAUCCAUUAAGUGGCGGGGGCGGACCAUCCAAAUCGGUCCCACCUCCCUGCAGAGGGGAAGGGUUGCGGAGAAGUCCAGUUGCACCAGGAAGUGAUCUGACCAUGGCACUUCUUUUGUUUCGCUUUUAGUUAAUGUCAGAUCACCAACAUCCGUAGAGGUAAACACCAAGUCUAAGGCAUGUCCGCGGCUAUGAGUUGGGCCAAAAUUAUUCAGGGACAGCCCCAUGGAGGCCAUGCUUUCCACGAAGUCCCGAGCGGCCCCUUCUAAGGUUGUGUCGGCAUGGAUGUUAAAAUCCCCCAGGACAACCAAGCUAGGUGUCUCCAGGAGCAUAUCCGCCACGACCUGAAGCAGCUCGGGCAGGGAAUCCUUGGUGCAGCGGGAAGGUCAGUACACCAAUAGGAAUCCUAUACUGCCCCUAUUGCCCAACUUCCAGAACAUGCACUCAGAGAACUGGGUCUUCCCAAUAGGACGCCUGGUGCAGACUAAUGACUUCCUAAAAAUCACUGCAACCCCCCCUCCCUGCCCACAUGACCUGGGUUGCUGUGCAUAAGAGAAACCUGGUGGGCAAGCAGCGGCAAGGACAGGCCCAUCUGCUUCAUCCAACCAGGUCUCUGUCACACAUGCCAGGUCAAAUCCUCCAUCCACAAUCAGGUCGUGGAUGGCAGUGGUUUAUUCAUCACUGACCUGGCAUUGCACAGCAACACUUUCAGGUCAUGUGGGUUUCCCUUGCUGAUUCCAGUAUCCUUCCGGUCAGGACCAGACCUGGAGGCAGGGAUAGUCCUCAAACAACGACUAAACCUGCCUCCUCGGUAAUGACAUGGUCUGGUCUUAGCGUAACUCCUCCUCCUGCCCGUGAUCACUGAGAUCGGGUGUCCCAAUACAUUCCCUCCUGUGGAACCUGCCCCAGCCAUUCUAUUAGCUGAGGCCCACUCCCAGGCAGCCCUGACCCUUCCCCUUAAAAGGCAAAAUACAAACUAUAUAAUAACUUAACAGAAUAAUAAAAAUAGAAGCACAGCAAAAAACAAUAGUGCUAAAAUUAAACUACUCCCCACCCUAACUAAAUACUUAACCAACCGCAAGCAGAAAUAAAAUUAUACAAUUAUAAAACAUUAUAAAAAACAACAACCACCAUUUAAGGUGCAGCAAAUUAAAAGCAGUUAAAACAUUUAAAACCAUUUUGUCACUUGCUGCAGGUAGCUGCUCAGGCCUCUUAAGCUGUGGCGGUGAGUGCAGGCUCCGCCCCCUAGGCCAGAUGGAGUUGGCAGGAAAGGGAACGGUCCUCCCAACACUCACGCAGGCAGCAACAGCAGCAGUGUCCCGGAGGCCUUGAUGGAGGCCCUCAAGCUGUGGCGAUGAGUGCAGGCUCCGCCCCCUAGGCCAGAUGGAGUUGGCAGGAAAGGGAACGGUCCUCCCAACACUCACGCAGGCAGCAACAGCAGCAGUGUCCCAGAGGCCUUGAUGGAGGCCCUCAAGCUGUGGCGAUGAGUGCAGUCUCCGCCCCCUAGGCCAGAUGGAGUUGGCAGGAAAGAGAGCGGCCCACCCAGCACUCACCAGAGCAGCAGCAGCAGUAGGGUUGUUUCCUCAGUGCAAAGUCAUACCAAGCAGUUAGGUUUUCAAAGAGCUGAGUUGUGUGGCUGUCAGUUUCAUCAGAUAAAUGCCGGGUGCCAUAUUACCCCAGUCUCCUUCCCUGAACUCUCCAGUUCUUCCACUUUGGGGUUACCUUCCUGCUGUUGUAAGGUGCAGGGCUAGACAAAGUAGAGUGCACUCAGUCUUUGUGUUUCCGCUUCUUUCUGGUUGCUUGUUGCUCUGUGAUUAUUGGAGCUGCUCUGGGUAUGUUUACUUGACCCUGUUACAUCAAAAGACUUAGAAGAAAAUCAGUCUGAAAUUCCUUUGAGUAUCCCAGAAAUGAGUUUAAGAUGAAAGCAGUAGUGGACACCAGGGUGGGACACCACCAGCCAGUUGUAUUACUGCUGUUUAUCAGGCGGUAUAAAGUGAGGGGUGAGGUUGGCAUGGUGCAAAUGGUGGAGCAAAUCCAGCGCACUUGUUGCCAAGCUCCCCAUGGCUUCAUCUCUCCCCCUCUACCUCCCGUACGCAGUAACAUUACUAACUGGAGGUCAGAUGAGUGAUCCUACCCUGCAAGACCAUCCACUAUUGGAUAAAAAUGUUGGUGACUUUUGAAAGGAUGUUUAUUACAAAAUCAGAGCAAAUCACUAUUCAUGACUUUAUUUUGUAGGUACACUGUCAUAUAUUGCUCCAGAAGUGAUAGAAGGAAGUGACUUCUCUAUAGCCAGUGAUCUAUGGGCGUUGGGCUGUUUGUUAUAUGAAAUGUAUUCAGGUAUUAUAUUAUUUAUACUAACAUGUUUAACAUUACGUUACAAUGUUAAUUAUUGUUAUAAAUGCUAAUACUAUUCAGGAACUUUAAGAUGGAGAUGUUGUUCCAUUUAUGAACUUGUGUAGGUUCCUUUGCUGUUAACAGAGCUGUGAACAUCUAAUUUGUAUAGUCAUUAAUACAGUUACUUAGUAGAAUAAGCAGUGAGACAUGUGGCAAGACAUUGGAAUGUACUUUCAGUGUAAAGAUUAUUGUGUCUAAGGAACUGAAAGGUAUGGAGAGGCAGGUAGAAUUUAAUCUCAAUCAGACUAGGAUAAUCUCAGCCCUUGGUUUUCCCCUUCAGUUAGGUUAAAGUUCUUGCUGCAGACCUUCAUUAUAAAUAAAGUUUUAAUGCUUUAUUUCAUAUUCAUGUAAAUCACUUAGAUUAGACAGUUAUUUUACGAUCAUGUGACUUACAAAUUUUGUUAAGUACAUAAAAGUAAAAUAAAUAAAAUGAACACUCAGAUUAAAUUUCAAAUCAUAUCCCAAGUGACUGUUCGGCUACAGUGGGCAGUCAUCAUAACCCACUUUGCUGGUCUGUGGUUGUCUUCUGUGGACCUUUGGUGUAUAAUAGUGAGGAGUGGCCGCCGCCACAGCAUUUCAGAGUGGGGAUGGAAGAAGAAGAUUAACUGACAAUCUGUUAGGGCCUAACUGAAUAAGAUGUUAGUAAUUUGUGAUUUCAUCUUAUGACAUUAACUAUUUAGCUCUUUCCUCCCCCCAAAAAAGUUUUCUUCUACUAGUAGGUCAAAUAGUAUAGGUUUUUUGGGUGGGUGGGUGUUUAAACUAUGAGAAUGGCACAGAGGAAAGAUUCCUCCACCCGUUCUUUUUCUGCCCAGAUCCCUUUCAGGCCUUCCUGUGGCUGCUUUUUCUUCCCAAAGAAAUAUCUCGGGAUGUGAUCUCAGAUCUUCUGCAUCUUGUUUAGUUUGAUUCCCCCCCCCCCAAUUGUAUAUCUUUUUAUGAAUUAUAGGUGUAACUCAGUGUUUCUUGCUGUCAAGAGCCUUAAGCAAAACAGAUGAAAAAUUCUGGUUUUUAGAAAUCAAUUGGUAUAAUGCUGGCAAUUUUCCAUUUUUGUUAUGUUCUCUUAAAUGGACUUGUAAUAACUCUUGGCCCAUGCAAAUAAAAUUCUUACUUAAUUGUUCUGAUGCUUAUUCAAGUUUUACUGAAAUCUUAUCUACUUCUGUUUCUAGGAAGACCUCCGUUCUUCUCCAAAAGUGUUACUGAAUUAGCAGAACAGAUUUUACAUGAAGAUCCUUUCCCACCUACACAGCAAGGUAUUGUUCCUUAGAUAAAUGAUGGUGAAAAUAAUUUUAAAAGUUUAUAAAAUGGGACAAAUGAGUGAAUGAUUCCAUACAUUCCCUCCUUAAGAAGUUAAUAUAUGAAUUCUUUUAUGUUGCUGUUUUUAGAUUUUGGUAGUUAGUAGAAUCAUAUUUGUUUCAAAAUAGAAUAGUUUCGUUAUCUUACAGGAUCAGCAUCUCUAGAACCAUCUUCAGACUUCCUUAACUUGGUUGAUUCUUUACUUGAGAAGGAUCCUCAGAAGAGGUAAAAUUAUGAUUUGAAGAUCUGGCUAUUUAUUAAUGAUACACACUGAUUAAAAAAAAUCAAAUCUAGAAGUUUGUGGAAUUUAAACUGGUACUGUAUGAGAGGAUUGUAUAUGUAUUUUCCUAUUUUAUUUAAAGAUUGACUUGGCCCAAGCUGCUGCAGCAUCCUUUCUGGAAAGAUGCUUUUAUCCAAAUUCCCAGUGACACGAUCUCCAGCCAAGAAACAAGCUCCAGGUACAGUAGACUCAGUUUAAAAUUAAUUUGGAAUUCUGUUGCUUAACAAACUUAUUGUGAGAAGGAUGUAUGCAUGAGGCUAAAGAUUUCUGACAAAGUGGGUUCUGCCUCUUGAAUACUUUUGCCACAACAUGGCUAGUUUUUAAGAUGUCACAAGAUUCCCUCUCUUUGCUGCAACAAAGCAAUAUGGCUUCACCCUUGGCUAUGGCCCUGUUUUUAGAGAGCUGCUGUCCUGCAACCCAUUAGCAGUGUAGCUGAUAUCCUUGGACAACAUAAAUGAAUUAAAUAAAAAAUUGCUUGUCUAUAUAUAAAUAAGUAAAAAAAUAAUUUUGCCGUUGUUUAAGGAUCUGUCCAGAAUAAAAUGCAGAGAAAUUUGCAUUGCCUGCAAAGUACAUUUCAUUGUCAAUUGUUUGAACAGCAGGAAAAAAGCUGAACUGCUUGAACCUGGAGAGUCUGAGAUUCAAUUAGAGUGUAAAAGCCUCCCAGACAUAGUGUUGCCAAGAACAGAAAACAAUCAACUUAACAGAUCUUUCAAGCUGGGUAAGAUUGCACCUUCGUUUUAUGUAUUGGUUCAGGAAUUGGGAACUGUUUUGGUUUCUUGAGCCAGAUUCUUACCAAAAUAGGCCUCAUGGGCCAAAUUUGACGGGUGGAUGGCGGCCACUUACCUGCUAGUCACUAUUAUGAUAACACAUGAUUGACAGGUGUGUUGUCCUGCCCACCUGUUACAAUGACUUGUGCAGGGUCCUGUCGGGACCUGGGGAACCACUGCAAAAGUGGCUUGUUAGCCCUAUUGCUUGGCACUUCCCAAAGCAGCAAACACAGGGCUAGCAAAGAGAUUCUUUUUCCAUCUUUAUGGGGCAUGGGGACAAGGAAGCUGGUAUUCUAUAGGCAUCCACUGUGUGCAAGAGAGGUCCAUCUCACUGCUGAUCUAAAAAGUAGGUUUCUUCCCCCUGCGUUUCACACAUCAGCUGAGAAAAAGGCUUUUUCUCUCACACAGAGUAACUUGAAUAGCAGUUAUUUAUGUCAGUGCAGGUUCAUGGAGGGCCAGUGGAAAGCGUGGGGGCAAGAAGAGAAUGAACAAAGAGGGGGUGCAGAGUGAGAGAUUCAAAAGCACCUGCCAGGAAAUUACAUUUGUUAGUCCUGAUUGAGCAAUUGACAGGUGGGUGUUGGUUAAUGAAAACAGCUUUGGGGGCGACCAUGUACAGUCGUACCUUGGAUCCCAAACGCCUUGCAAGUCAAACGUUUUGGCUCCUGAACGCCGCAAACCCAGAAGUGAAUGUUUCAGUUUGCGAAUGUUCUUUGGAACCCAAACAUCCAACGUGGCUUACAUGGCUUCUGAUUGGCUGCAGGAUCUUCCUGCAGCCAAUUAGAAGCCGCGUCUUGGUUUGCAAACAUUCUGGAAAUUGAACGGACUUCUGGAAUGGAUUCUGUUCGACUUCCGAGGUACCACUGUAAUGUAAAACUGAGAACUAAAAUGCAUGCUUGAAACAUUACAAUUGUAUACAUAGUUCAUGCAGGUAAAUAGUUACAAUAUUUUCUUUGUCAAGAAAAUCCAGAAGAACUACGCCCUAAAAGUGCUGUUGAUGGUGAAUCAAAUGAAUCUAUAUUUCUACUCAGGUAUGAAGACAGCACAACACUUUUAAAUGAAGUUGUAGAAAAUAAUUCAGAUAAUUUGCAUUUAAGUAUUCAGUUUUAUAUAAACAUGUGUCUAUUGUCUUUCAGUUCUCGACCCACCCCUAGAACUACCACCACAGUGGAAAUAAACAAUGCUGCUGCUGUUCUAGCUACAAAUUCCGCACACACAUCAUCUCCAAGUUCUUCAGCAAAGGUGAGUGUAGUUUGAAGGAAACGGAAGCAAGAGACUGAAUUCCAUAUGACUGCUAUAGAAAAACAGAAGAGGAAGAGCUGUCAAAUCACAACUAGGAAAAAAUUGCAUUACUGAAGCCAAGGAUGGUGAGAAAAUAAUUGACAGUGUUAGAAGAGGCACACAGAUUGAGAAGAGUGAGGAUGAUGAUGAGGCCCUUAUAUUUAACUAGAAAACAGCAAUUGAUAAUUCCUGUUAAAACUAGAUUUGGUGGAAUAAAUUACCGUAUUUUUCGCUCUGUAGGAUGCAUUUAUUCCCCUCCAAAAAUGAAGGGGAAAUGUGUGUGCGUCCUAUGGAGCGAAUGCAGGCUUCAGGCAGCUAUCCACAAGCCUUCGGAGCGUGGCAGGAGUUCCCGCCGGGCUCAGAAGGCUUGCAGACAGCAGCAAGCUCCGGGAGUGAAGGCGAGGUUGUGCGCAACCUUGUCCCCGCUCCCGGACCCGUUCUGGGGGCUGGGGUCGGGGGAAGCUCGGGCUUCCCCGCCCUCAGCCCGGCAAGCUCCGGGAGCGAAGGCGAGGUUGCACGCAACCUUGCCCCUGCUCCCGGACCCGUUCUGGGGUUGGGGGAAGCUCAGGCUUCCCCCGCCCCAGCCCCGCGGCUAAAAAUGAAGCCAAGACAGCUAGCAGGAUCCAUCCCGCUCGCUGUCUUGGCUUCUUUGCUCUUUGAAUAUUUUCCCCUUUAUUUCCCCCCCUAAAAUCUAGGUGCGCCCUAUAGAGCAAAAAAUACGGUAAACAGAAACUAGUGAUGGAGAUUAUCAGAGAGCUGAAGGCAAAGAAGCAGUAGUACAGCCCAAUCUUAGUCCUUUGUACAGAAGGAAAUCUCAUUUAUUUCAGAGGGGCUUAUUUCUAACUAUAAAUGUUUAGGAUUCUGUAAUGGAUGCUGUAGGUGAGCUCCUGUCGCCUUGUCCCAGCUCCUGCCAACCUAGCAGUUUGAAAGCAUACCAGUGCGAGUAGAUACAUAGGUACUGCUGUGGCAGGAAGGUAAAUGGCGUUUCCGUGCACUCUGGCCUCCAUCGAGGUAUCCCAUUGCACCAGAAGCGGUUUAGUCAUGCUGGCUGCAUGACCUGAAAAGCUGUCUGUGGACAAACACUGGCUCAGCCUGAAAGCAGAGAUGAGUGCUGCACCCCAUAGUCUAAUUCGACUGGACUUAACCAUCCAAGGGUCCUUUACAUUUUUUACUUUUAGUAUAAAAGUUGCACCCUCAAUAAGCUUUGAAGUAGAAGUUAGAUGGGAUGGUAGCACGAAGAAAACAGGAAGUAUAUUCAUUCCAGCCUGAAAACUAUGUUAUAUGAUGAAGAAGAGAGAAUGUAAAAAAGAAAAGAAUGAGGGGUUACAAAACAGAAGGUGGUGGAGUAAAGUGUGGAAAAAAUGAAGCUGUUGAAUGAAACAAGCAAGAAUACUGAAGGAUCAGAAUAUAUUUACAGUGGAAUAUAUCUGAGUGAUUUUUUUUUACAUAACGAGCAAAUUAUUGCAUAAGAUUAUGAUGGCGUUCUUGUACAUCAGAAAAUGGUGAGAAAAAAUUCAGCUGUUUAAUUGAUAGGUCCUGUAAUGGGUUUAGGGGUUGCUCGUGCGUAAGUUUCCGCCACUCCUGGCUAGGUUACCUGGUUAACCCUUUCUGACUGAACAGCCUCCAGCAUCGUGACUGUCUCAGUCGCUGGCAGAAUCCAUCAGUGGGCGUUUCUUAAACCUUUUCCAGCAUAAAAGUUGUUUGACGCCAAGUCUCCUCCUACUCUCCCUGCGCGGAAGUCUUCUGUGCAGGGAGGGUGUGGGCAGCGGAGUACCCGUACUCUCUCCGCUGGUCUCCAGCGAAGAAGAGUCUUGGAGCCUCCUCCCCGAUUCCCCCACCUGCCCCCCUUCUCCACUGGUGUUACGCUUAUUUCCUUCCCCAGCAGAUGGGCUGCCUCUCUCCUACUGGGACCCUCUCCUGCAUCCCUUUGGAGCCUUCCCUCCGCUUCUAGCUCCGAUGGCAGUUCCCUGACAUCCACCUCCCCCCCAGGACCCCCUCCGCCCCCGGCCCGACCUUCAGAUCCAACCGCGUCCCUUUCCUCGGCCAACGAGGCAGGGAAGUCCCUGAAGGAGCUGUCGCUCUCCUCUGAGGAUUCAAAACCCGCUUCCCACCCGCUCCGAUAUCUUGCCGCGGGGUGGGCCUCCCAGUCUGAUUCUUCUCCCUCUGACAUUUCCCCUCCUUCCUCUUCGGAGGCAGGAAAACCCACAAAUUCCUCCUCGUCGUCUGUGGUUCCAAAUUCUUCCUCCCAGAAUCUCGCUAGUGGUUUUGGUUUGUCUGGGAACAGGCUGUGGAAUUCUUCCACUAGAUACCCAUCAUUGACCGCCUCAGCGGGGACCCAAGUGUUUUCUGACUCGGGUUCUCCUUCCCAAGCCACUAAGUACUCCACCUGGCGCCCUCGCCACCUAGAAUCGAGUAUUUCCGUGGCUUGGUGGUGGAGUUCCCUCUCCUCUACCCGCGGGUGGGCGGUGACUCCUCCCUCCCGCCCCGGGAAUUCCCGCCCCUCCCUGUACGGUGAGAGUAGGGACCUAUGGAACACCGGAUGUAUCUUCAUGCUGUCAGGCAACUUGAGCUUGAAUGCCACAGGGUUCACCUGCUGUGUUACCUCAAACGGUCCCAGCCGCCUUGGCUGCAACUUCUUGCACCCUCCCUUUAGGGGCAACCCUUGGGUUGACAACCACACUCAGUCUCCUACCCGUAUGGCCUCCCCCUCCCGACGGUGCUUGUCUGCCUGCCUCUUAUAAACUUCCUUGGCCCGCUCCAAGUUCAUCUUGAGUUGCUGGUGCAAUGCCUCCAUUUCUUCCACAAACUGCUCCGCCGCAGGUACACUCCACCCUUCCUUCCCCCUUCCCGGGAAGGCCCUGGGGUGACACCCAUAAUUGGCCAUGAACGGGCUCAUGCCCGUGGACACAUGUUCAGCGUUAUUGUACGCAAAUUCAGCCAGCGCUAGUUUCUCUACCCAAUCGUUCUGUCUCUCGCUGACGUAGCAGCGUAGGUAUUGCUGGAGUAUACUGUUCGCUCUUUCUGCUUGCCCGUUGGUUUCCGGGUGUCGCGCCGUCGAGAAGCCCACCUCUACCUGCAGCAAGCUCAUGAGCUUCCUCCAGAAUCGUGAAGUAAAUUGUUUUCCGUGAUCUGAGACAACCCUCGAGGGCGCCCCAUGCAACCUGAAGAUGUGAUCCACAAACAACUUGGCUGUCUCCUCUGCCGUCACGGCAUGUGAGCAAGCUAUGAAAUGGCACAUUUUCGUCAGUAGAUCGACUACUACCAUGACUGCUGUCUUUCCCCUGGACUUGGGCAAAUCUGUCAUAAAAUCAAUGGACACCACUUCCCAGGGUCUUCCCGGCGUGGGUAAGGGUUCCAGUAGCCCUGCGGGGCAGCCCUCUCCCCCUUUGCCCUUUGGCAGCGGUCGCACCCCCGUACAUAUUCCCGUACAUCCUCCCUCACCCUUGGCCACCAGAACUGCCUGGUGACGAGCAGCAUGGUUUUGUGCUGUCCAAAGUGCCCAGCUGUGGGGUUGUCAUGGAGUUGUUUGAGUACCUUCCGCCUCAGGGUCUCCCCUGGUACAUACAGUGCCCCCUUAUAGUACAGCACCCCUUCCUUUUCCUCAAACCCCCCAUGGCUUUCUCUUCCAUCUCGGAGUUCCUGGAUUUUAGUUUGAGCGAACACGUCGUUUCUAGUAAGCCCGGCCAGUUCUCGUUUCCCAACCAAGGCUCCCCCACACACCCAUCGGUCCUCGGGGAUCACGUGUCGUAUCUCUAGCGGUCCCUCUCCUUCCAUGUACUCCGGCUUCUGGGAGAGAGCAUCUGCUCUUACGUUUUCCUCUCCUGGCACGUAUCGUAUCUCGAAGGAAAACUUGGAGAACUCUUGUGCCCAUCGAAUCUGUCUCUGGUUGAGUACUCGUGCGGUCCUCCAGUAUUCCAAGUUCUUGUGAUCAGUACAAACCUGGAUCUUGUGCUGCGCCCCUAUUAGCAGAUGUCUCCAUCGGCGAAACGCCUCAUAGAUCGCAAGCAGUUCGCGGUCAUACACCAUAUAGUUUUGCUCCGAGAGAGGUCAAGAUGGCGACUGAGACAGCAGCCUAGUCAGAGCUCCCGCCUUCCGUUAAGCUUUCAAGUGGUUUUUAGCCACUUCCUAAUUCUAAUUUUAUAUUUUUAACAUUUUACUGGCUGCCUCAUCACCUCUCCUUGUUUUUAGUUUAUUGUUUUAUUGUUUUACUGCUCAACCUGAGAAAGACGCCGAGAAACAAGGAGCAGCUGAAACUGAAGGCAAGUUCUGCUUCAUCUUAUCCCCUGGCACAAGCCCUAUUACUUUGCUGCAGUAAAUCAUUCUGAUCUAUUAGUCAUUUAUAACUCCUUUGAGGGUGACAAGGGUACUGGAGACAGUCUCGGUAUUUCUGCUCGCAAAUAUAAGGGGGAAGGCACCACAGGACAGAAGCGUUAAAAGCCCUAAAGCUGAGAACUAAAGACGGAAAAGGGAGUAGAAGGGAGUAGAAACCUAGAAGGCCCACCGAGAUAAAGGACAAGCAUGAAACCCUCCCCACCUUUCGAAGUAAAACAACCCUCCCCACCUUUCGAAGGUGGGAAACUGGAAGAUAAACAUAAUCUGUCUUGUGACCGAGCCAGUUGAAACCAAAUAAAACCCCAGGACUAAGAGAUUCCAGCAAACUGCUCCCAAUUACCUUUUUCCACGCUCAACAUGGUCCUUACAAGAAAGAACUAUAAGGACCUGGGAUUUGCACCAUAUCACCUAAGGGGGAGUGGGAGCCCCGAAGGAAGCAGAGUAAAAUCACCAAUUAUUUCCCCCAUAAAGAAGGGAAUAAGAAUCUACAGCACGAGAGCACUCCAAAAGAAAUUGCCCCUAUUGUGCUGGAUUGGUCAAUACAACGCAAAGACUUACAAACUGAGCAUGAAAGACCAAAUUAUUCCAUGAGCUGGGCGCAGGAACUGGACCUAGCUGAGAACGCCUUGAUGACCAUUUCCCCCAACCCCAAUGACCUCGAGCAUCAAAAAUCAACUCAGAAUCUCAGGGAAAACCAGCAAGACCCUCAGAAUCUCAGGGAAAACCAGCAAGACCCCCAGCCCACAGUGAAUGCCAACAGUAUAGAAGAGAGGGGUGACCAGUUACACGAUCAAAUAGAUCAGAUACGCACAGACCUCUACAAUAUAAAAAACUUCCUAGCAGUAACAAAUGGCCUACUCCUGACGCUUGUGGAGAAUUUCAAACAAGCAAAAAGAGCCACAGAUCAGCUCCUGGACUCAGAUGCUAGAAUCCACAUACCACCCAAAAAGAACUCACACAAAAGAAAACCGGAACCCAAGACGAAGAAAUCUAAAAACAUCAAAACAUCAAACCAAAAGGGAAACUUAGUCGACCCUAAGAAACCCCUCUUAAAGGGGAAGUGUCCCAGGAAUAAAGAGAAGAAGCCCAAGAACGUAAAAAUGGGAAGGAAGAGAAAGCUCCCAUCCCGAACAAAGGAAACGAACCUCACAAGACUAUUUAAGCUAUUAGAGAAUUCAAAUUCAACGAGCCCGGCUAACCCAGUUCUGCCUCCCUUUGAUAAAAGCCGAAGCCCAAGCUCAAAUAAAAACCCCCAUAAGGCUGGCCUCUCCAAUUCAACAGAGGAACUCCAUAAGCCUGGGCUUCACAAUAUAACAGAGCAAGUAGCGCUCUCGAAUGGAUCCGCGAGAAAUUCAAGGGAAAACCCGAUCCCUAAGCAAGAAAUUCCUUCUAAAACAAUAUACUCUCGCAGAAACCUAAUUCUAAACAAACAACAACUUAUCAUCUUACCCAUAUACAUGCACAAAGAUCUCCUUUCCCCAGCACAACAGAGAAUCUAUAUUCUCAAGAAAACUGAAUUAGCCGUUAGAGGGUUCGUCCCAGCAGAAAACAUCAUCAAUGUUAAAUUUCUGCCAUCAGACAAGGACCUAAACAGAGUUGUGGUAACAUUCAGAGACUGGCACACAACCAAACUAGUUUCAGACAAUAAGGACAAGCUGCAAAGGGUUGGAUUGCAGGUGACUCGCCUAUUCGAAGAGUCCGGAACUCCCACUCCUCUCAUCGAAACCAUCAGGACUGAUAAGCUAAAAACAAAGCCGACAAAGUCUACGAUGGACGAGAACUGUAAGAUGCUUCAACUAGAGGCAGAUAAAGCCCCAAACCAGCUGGCUAAAAGACCAAAACCACUAUCCCCAAAUCAUGUAUCAGGAAAUCAUGAAAGCUCCAGCAUAGAGAAGGAAAACCGCUUCAUAGCAACUAUUGAACAAAUACAUAAAGCUCAGGACGCACUAAUUGAAAGAUUAGCAUCUAUAAGGAAAUCUAUUACCCUCCUAGCCACACCUGUCACCAGGGAAUUUAACUAUGCAACUUAUACCACAAAACCUUUAUCCAACAGUGAGUGGACACUACGGCUAUUCCUAUCGCCAGAGGAACUGGGACCUACGGAACCACCCAUAACAAAGAAAACAAUAACACAUCAAGCUGAAAUAGCGGUUCCACUAGGCAAGAACGGUUCAAUCUUUGUGGACAACCUAGGAACCCUAGAUACCAUUCACACGGAUGACUGAAAUAAGGACACGGGGGAAGGACGCUCCUCCGGGACACUAAAAUAUGUCCAAGUACACACCGUGCCAAAAGAGUCUUGGAGCCUCCUCCCCGAUUCCCCCACCUGCCCCCCUUCUCCACUGGUGUUACGCUGAUUUCCUUCCCCAGCAGAUGGGCUGCCUCUCUCCCUACUGGGACCCUCUCCUGCAUCCCUUUGGAGCCUUCCCUCCGCCUCUAGCUCCGAUGGCAGUUCCCUGACAGGUCCUAAUGUACUUUUCUAGAUAAUGGGAUUCAUUACUUUCACACAUAUCUCAAGAAUCAAUAUUGUCACUCUAGGAAACCAAUGAAUUAAUUCUACUGCCUGCGUUAAUAUCCUUUGGAGUUGACAAGGAAGCCUUCUGGUGCCUUUUAAUAAUAAAUGCAGGAGUUGCACAAUGUUUGCUGCAUUUAAAAUAUAUGUCAUUGUAAAUACUACUACUAUUUGUUUAUAUUCUAGGAUAAAAACAUAUGCUGCAGCCAGCAGGAUAUAGAGUCCAAAGUGAAAGAGCUUAUCUUCUUGGAGUCUGACCUUAUUGUCACCCCUGUAAUUGAUAAUCCAAAGGUACUAUUUGAAUUUACCAUACAUUACUUUUCAAAUAAUAUGUUCAGGAAUUUAUAGUGUUUUUUGUUAUUCGUUGCACUAGCUCAGUCAGUAGAGAGUGAGACUCUUAAUAUCAGGGUUGUGUAUUGAACCCCAUGUUGGGCAAAAUGUUUCUUCGUUGCCGGGGGUUGGACUAGAUGACCCUCUUGGUCCCUUCCAAAUCUACAAUUUUAUGGUUUUACAGGGAUUAAUCUUCAACUAUUUUACUCCCACCUAGUGGCCAUACCUGGUUCCUGCAGGUUUACACUAAAUUGUUACACUAAGCAAAUGGACAGUUUUGGUAUCAGUUGAUAGCACUCACAUUAAUGCAAGCCUCCACACCAGCAGUCACAAACCUUUUUUUCUCUGGGGGCACAAUUGGAAUUUUGAGAAGGUGUUGAGGGCAACCAGUCACAACACAGCUACUUUUGGUAUAACACAAAAUAGCUGCCACCACCAAAAGAACAGAAAAAGAAGAUAGACAGGAACAGAAGAUGGUCAAAUAUGGAAAAACAUACUCAUUUUAUUUUCGUUAACAAGAUACGUUUGAAAAACCUUUUCCAUUUACUGUUAAGUUUUGGUGGUUGUCUGUUGCUGCCGUGCUGCUGUGGAUUAGAGCUAGGAAAUAAAAGAUAACUGAAUAAGUCAAAGCACCUAGAAUCAAGAAUGAUGUUUUCGUUUGUGGUAAUUAGGUUUUAAAAUAGCCUUGGGCAAAAUGACAAGUUCAGAUAUAUUGGAUCAGAUAUGGCAUUGCAUAUUCACAAAAGGUCUAGCUAAAACAAUCUGUCAAAACAUAGGUGAGAAUCAUUACAAUAUAUAAGUGGUAUUGACUCUAGAUAGCUUGUUAAGAAUACUGUAUACCAAAAAAAAAGCCACAGAUCAGUGCUGGAGGUAAACUCAAAAUAUGGGCCUCCCUGAAAAUUAACUUGCUUUGGAAAAAGUUAACUAUACUUUGUUCACAUUAACUGUAUUAUUUCGGUUAUACCCACUGUGGAGAACCUAAUUAAAUCUGGCACAGGUUCCAGUUUGGCCUAUGAGACCAUUCCGGGGAAAUCAAUCCCACCCGUUGCCAUAUAUGAUGUCAGGUGUGGGGCAGGUAUGGAUUUGGCUACAAAGGAAUAAUUGAGAACUUCAUGUUUUCUCCCAGUUGUUCUUUGCCUGUUGGCUUCCCUGUCAGUGCCAUUGAGCUAUUAACACCAACAGGGAACUCCACUGGAAUUGGCUUCACUGAGGAGUUUCUCCAUUUUGAGGAAGUGUUUUGGAAAUCAGUCUGCUUCCUUUUGUAGCUUGUUCAGUGACUUCCUACUGGUCAUAAAGUUUGUUUAUUUAUAGCUGAAAUAUUGACAGCUCAUUGUUUAUUAUGGUAGAAAGUGUUUUAUUUGAGGAGAGGUGCAUAGUGUACCCUUGGUCUAUGAGAUAUUCAGAAUUGCCUCAAGUCAAACAUUUUUUUUCUCAGAUAGUGAAGCAACCACCAGUGAGAUUUGAUGUGAAAACUUUACACGUACCAGCACAUUCAGGUACAGUUUGCUAAAGUAAUUAUAGGCAACUUGCCAUUUACAAGAAAAUAUUAUUCUUUAAUACUCAAAAAUGUCUUAGCAUUCAUUUAACACUGUUGUUCUCAUGUCUCUGUGUUUUGCAUCUACUCCCAACUCUCACAAAUGUUGAUAUAUAGGAUGCAUGCCCAAGCAAGAAGGGACAGCUGCUAUAAUUGUCAUUUUAAAUUAUGUUGAACAUAGUUUUGAGAUCACAGCUGUAUGUGUCAUUGCAGACCAUGUUUGGCAUGCUGUAUUUUUGGCUCACAAGGAACAGUGUAACAGGACCAGAGUAAUAAUCCAAUUCAAUAUAAGCUAGCAAAAAAAGUAGUUUUUUCACAAUGUACCGUAUUUUUACGUCUAUAAGACACCCCAUGUAUAAGACAUCCCCUAUUUUGGGGGACUCCGGUUUAAGAAAAUGGGGAGGGAGAUCUAUCCGUGUAUAAGACCCCCCCCCCCCAAUUUUGGACAUUAUUUUUUAGGAAAAACCCUAGUCUUAUACACAGAAAAAUAAGGUAAUUUUAUAUAUGCCUAGGUAGAAGGAAGUUCUAUUGAGUUUUGUUGGACUUAUUUCUGUUUCUAAUACAAUUGCAACCUAAGUCACUUAUACCUCUAUUUUAUGCUUUACUCAAAUGAUUAUGGGUCAGGUGACCUAGUCACACUGUGGUGUGUCCUGCGUGAUAUAUUUAUACCUAAAGCACAUAGUCUAAAACACAUUUAUAGGGUAGAUUCUUACUGACCAUCACUAAGUUUUAUAAAACAAUGAUGCUGCUCCAGCAGCUAUUGCAGCAUGCUUUUAGUACUAUAUUAAGCUGCUGUUUAUAGAAACAAAAGAUCACUAUCAGCAUACUAACUUUCUUCCUUAGGAGCACUUCCUUACGUACUAUUUAGAAGCAUUGUCAAGAUUUUCUGCUAUGUGGAUUUGAGCCAAAGUUUUGGGGAUCUUGUGACAAGUCAGAUCCUUUCUUUGUUUUGCUUCCUGCCUAAAGGCAAGUCUGGAAUAAUAAUAUAUCUUCUUUUUGUUGUUUCUUUAUUUUGCAUACCACCCUUCAUCUGAAGAUCAUGAGGGGGGGGGUGUGCUUCACAACGUAAAAAUACAAAAUAAGAACACCAAAUACGUUACAGAAAACAGACACAAACCAAUAACCCCCUCUACCACAAACACAUUUAAAAGGCCGUAAAUGGUUUAAUCAACCAAAGCCCUGGUUCUUGAGAAACAUUGCCAUCUGGCUCCCAAAGAGAUAUAUGAAGGAGCCUGGCAGACUGCCCUGGGGAGCGCAUUCCACAGAUGGGGAGCCAUUGCAGAAAAGGCCUAUUCUUGUGUUGCCACCUUUCAGAACUCUCAUGAAGAAGUCACACGAAGAAAGACCUCAGAUGAUCACAGGGUGCAGGUUGGUUCAUUUGAGGAAAAGCGGUCCUUGAGGUAUUGUGGUCCUGAGCUGUUUAAGGCUUUAUAGGUCAAAACUCUAAACUGGGCCCAGAAACUAACUGGCUGCCAGUGCAGUCGGGUCAGGACAUACAUUGUAUGUUCACAACAAGCUUUUUCAGGGGUUCAAGUAGGGAGAAAGAACUAUACUAUGUUUCAGUAUUGGGUCUUGGAAAUUAUAUUCCCAACAAGUGCUCUUAAAACAUUAUUUUUCUUUCCAGCUGAUAAAUUGUUGAUACUAAAAGAAGAUGACUGGAAUGACUUCUUACACCAAGUAUGUCAGCUGACUGACUCCCCAGAGAAGAGCACAGGGGCAGCCAGAGUUAAACUGAAUUUACUUUGCUACCUCUGCACUGUUGUUGGCAAUAAGGAAGUAGCCACUAAGUUAAUCAGCACACAGCUGGUAAGUAACACUGCUAGAGCCCGCAAGCUGACAUGCCAGCAAAUAUGGCAAAAGUCAGCUACCUUUUGCUAGGGUGCAUUUCACUGGUAUUUUAAGAAACUAAGGCUGCAAUCGUAUGUACACAUACCCAUGAAUGAGCCCCACUGAACACAGUGAAACUUGCUUUUGAUUAAAAAUGCCUAAGACUGUACUGUAAGAAGAAUUAGUGCAUAACAAGAAUGAAGAACGUUAACGUUCUAAUCAUUGUUGUUAGUCGUGUCUGACUCUUUGUGGCUCCAUGGACCAGAGCACGCCAGGCACUCCUGUCUUCCACUGCCUCCCGUAGUUUGGUCAAACUCAUGUUGGUAGCUUCGAGAACACUGUCCAACCAUCUUGUCCUCUGUCGUCCCCUUCUCCUUGUGCCCUCCAUCUUUCCCAGCAUCAGGGUCUUUUCCAGGGAGUCUUCUCUUCUCAUGAGGUGGCCAAAGUAUUGGAGCCUCAGCUUCAGGAUCUGUCCUUCCAGUGAGCACUCAGGGCUGAUUUCCUUAAGAAUGGAUAGGUUUGAUCUUCUUGCAGUCCAUGGGACUCUGAAGAGUCUUUUCCAGCACCAUAAUUCAAAAGCGUCUAAUCAUACUUCUGGAUAAAGCAUUGUAUACAUUGAUUGUGUGCAGGCUGCCAAAUGACUUUGAUUAUUUGGGAUGGAUAGGUUGAACAAGGAUUAGAAUUACUAAAAUACUUUACACUGUUCUGCAUUAAUUUUUUAAAAAGCAUGAGCACAAUCAAGAGGACUGUGUGCCUUUCUAAUGCACACAUGGAGCUCUUGGUAUGUUGUGAUAUGGCUGAUUUCAUCAAUUUGGCUGUAUUUGGAUAAUCAUUCAAGGUCAUUUUGCGAAACUCUGUAUGAGCAUCAUCACUGUGCGUUCCUAGAUCGUGGCUUAAGUAUGAGGUAAGGGGUGUAGGUUGGAUGUGGGUGGCGCUGUGGUCUGAAAAAUUUAAAAGCAGCCCAAACAAAGCAGAAAACCUGGUAUGACAAAAAGGCCAGAGUAAGAACUUUUGAACCCAGUAGUGAAGUGUUGCUGUUGAGACCAACCAAGGAAAUAAAAUGCAACUAGCAUGGUAGGGACCAUACAAAAUCGUGUCCAAAAUGAGUGAUGUAAAUUACGUAAUCCAACAAGGGGAAGAAGGGCGUAAGGUGGUUCAUGUGAACAUGUUAAAGCCUUAUAUUGGAACAGAAGGCUGGACACUAUGCAAUACGUGAGGAUCCAGAUGAAGCCGAUAUAACAUGCUGGGAAGGGAGAGGGGAGCAACGGCAAUCUACAAGAAAUAAAGGUAGCUCCUACGUUAACCCUUAAUCAGCAGGUGGAGGUUAAACAGAUCCUACAAGAAUAUAGGGAAAUUUUCAGUAAUACUCCAGGUAGAGCUAAGGGAGUUGUACAUCAUAUCGACACUGGGGAUGCCAAGCCCAUUGCUGUAAACCCCUAUAGGAUAACUGGAGAGUAUGUGCGGAAUGUUAGCAAUGAGGUAAGGGAGAUGUUGAAGGCAGGGAUCAUAACCCCUUCAGAAAGUCCCUGGGCAGCACCCAUAGUGUUGUUAGACAAACCUGAUGGAUCUAUCAGAUUUUGCCUGGAUUAUAGAAAGCUGAACCAUGUCACUAGAGCAGAUGCAUAUCCAAUGCCACAUUUAGAUGACCUGAUCGAAGCUAUAGGUCAUUGUCAUUACAUCACCUGCCUAGACUUGACAAAGGGAUACUAUCAAGUAAAAAUGGACUCUAGGGACCAGAAGAAAACUGGGUUCAGAAGUCCCUUAGGGCUGUUUGAGUUUAAAGUAAUGCCCUUUGGCUUAAAGAAUGAACCAGCCACUUCUCACCGACUGGUGGACAAAAUCCUGAACGAAUUAAGAGGGUUCAAAUUCGCUUAUUUAGAUGAUAUUGCUGUGUAUAUUUCGACUGGGAUAAACACAAAGAGCACUUAGGGUUAGUACUGCAGCGAAUUAAAGAGGCGGGCUUAACCAUGAAAGCUAGCAAAUGCCAGAUAGGGGGCUCGACAAUACCUGGGACACAUGGUGGGAGGAGGAGUGAUGAAACCUUUAGAGAUGAAGGUAGAAGCCAUUUCAAACUGGCCUACCCCUACCUCCAAGAAGAAAGUCAGAGCUUUCCUAGGACUAGCCGGUUAUUACUGAAAAUUUAUUCCAAAAUUUAGUAAGUUAGCAGCGCCUUUAUCUGACCUAACUCGGAAGAAGGAGCCAGAUAAGGUCAAAUGGACAGCAGCGUGUCAGCAGGCCUUUGAUUCCUUAAAGAGUGCCUUGACAUCAGGACCAGUCCUUGUUGCUCCUAAUUAUGAUCGGGAGUUCACCAUCUUCACCGAUGCAUCCAAUGCCGGGAUCGGGGCCAUGCUGUGUCAACAGGGAGAGAAGGACGACCUGCAUCCGAUCAAGAAAUUACUUCCGAGGGAAAGACAUUUUUCGACCAUCAAGAAGGAAUGCCUUGCCAUCGUGUGGGCAUUACAGAAACUGAAGCCGUACAUCUGGGCCCGAACUUUUAUCUUAUGUACUGACCAUUCACCCUUGCUGUGGCUGAGAACAAUGAAGAAUAACAGUAAGUUGAUGAGGUGGGCCCUAUUGCUGCAAGACUUUAAUUUUACAGUUAAAAACCUGAAAGGGUCCCUGAACACCGUUGCAGAUGCCUUAUCAAGAAGACCUGCUGCUGAAGGUUAACCAGUGCACAGUUAUAAUUUUUCUGUAGUUAACUGAAUACCUAAGAUGUAUCAGGAUUUAUGUAUAAAUGUAUGAACAAAGUAAUUGAUGUGCCAAUGUUAUAUGGGGUGUGAAGGGUAUAAUAACAGGUUAGUAAAUGUUUAUUUGCAUUAGAUAUGUAAUGCUGAUUGAUCAGGAGAAUAACUAGGUUAAGGUAUCCCUCCUGAGUCAAUUUUCUUAAGGGGGGAGGUAUGUGGCGUUUGCCCUCAUGUGUGUGACAUCAUACUGGGUUCAUAGGGAAAGGGUUAACUAAAUGUAAAAUGGGAACCCAGGGGGCAGAAUUAACUGUGUAUAAGGUUGAAGCACAGAGGUUUUUUUGGGAGGAGUUAGAGUUGUUGAGAAGACAGUCUGGAGUUAGAAGAGACAGAUAAGAAAAGUCUGUGAGUUGGGCUAGUCUGGUGGGAGAGAGUGAGAGAAUUUGUUAAGAGGGGUCAGUCAAACCCCCAGUCAGUUGAGAUAAUCAGUAAGAAGGUAUUAGGAAGGUAUAGACCGGUAAAGAAAGUAAAGUUAAGAUACUGACAGGAAUAUUAUCUGAGAAACCAUAAACUUGUUAACGUUUGUAAAAUAAACUUGUUUCUUUUGGUUCACUUUUAACAACUGACUGGACUCAGUGUUUUACCAGAGAGUAACUGGUUGGUGGCAGCGGGGAAGCAACCACAGUGGUGGCACAGGGAUCAAACGUCCGGGGACCCUGUGUGAUUGCCACACUAACCUUCUGCAAUAUAUACAACAACAAAGGUGCAAUAGAAAAUUGAGUCCCAUAACAAAUAAAAAACCAGUCAUUUUUUGCAAGGUCUUUGCGCUCUGUAGCUAAAACUAUUAACCCUAAAUAUGCUAUACUUUUUGGUGGUGAACUAAAUCACAGUGAUUAAUUUUGAAUUUUUGUGUGUGUUUAUUUUAAAAUCUAGUUCCCUGUGCUACUACAACAGUUGCGGAUAGCUCCAAACUGGGACAUGUAAGUGACAACCAGCAUCUGUCUGGGUAUCUUCAAAAAUUGGCCACAAACCUGCCUCUGCUGAGUUCAUGCAGGAGAGCAAACCACACACCAUGCAAAGGAUCAAGGAAAGGCAUAUACAUUUCCUUCAUUCUGGUCUCUGAAUAGAGUAGGCUUGCUACCAAAGCAAGGGCUGCUACCAACCCUGUCAUACAAGAACCUGGGCCUUGGCUCCUGCAUGUGGUCUGUUAUUGUCUGGAGCAGAAAUAGUAUCUUCCAUGAUACAAUCUAGCAGUGGUAGGCUGAUUGUUGAUUGAGAAGAGUCCAGGAAGGGCUCAUUUACUUACUGAGAAACAGUGGGUUAACAAACGAAUAUGUGUAGGCUGGUUUACAGUGGCCUUACUUGACAGGUUCUCUGAAUCGCUCUUCAUAUCUAUUUAACUUUGUGGUAAGUUUCUCAGUCCCCAGCUGGAGACAGUGGCCUGAUAGUUUACCUCUCUCAGCACUGCCUUUGAAUACAAAAGGCAGCGUUGUGUCUGCUUUUUGUGGUUCUUCAGAAUUUUAGAAGGCUGUGUGUAUACCUUGACAGUUAGUACUUUGCAAGUGUUUACUAUGAAAGAGAAACUCGUAAAGCUUAUUUAAAGCAAAACAGUUCAACUAACGCAUGUCUAAUUGAAAUUAGUGAAGAUUACGGCAGCAGUGCUUUCUGAAAUGCACUCUCUGUAGUAUAUUAUUACUAUUAUUUUGUUAAUUAUAUGCCAAACAUUUGAUUGGGUUGCCCCAGCCACUCUGGAUGGCUUCCAACAAAUUAAAACAUCAAACAUUAAAAACUUCCCUAUACAGGGCUGCCUUCAGAUGUCUUCUAAAAGUCAGAUAGUUUUUCAUUUCCUUGACAUCUGACAGGAGGGCAUUCCACAGGGCAGGUGCAACUACCAAGGAGACCCUCUGCCUGGUUCCCUGUCACCUCACAUCUUGCAAUGAGGCAACUGCCAGAAGGCCCUCGGAGCUGGACCUCAGUGUCCGGGCUGAACGAUGGGGGUGGAGAUGCUCCUUCACUUAUCCAGGGUACUUGAAUAUUUGCCAUAUCUACCAUUAAAAUACAAAUAUUUUAAGGCAGAGCUUUCCAAACUUUCAUGUUGGUGACACAGUUUUUAGACAUUCAUCAUUUCAUGACACAGUACAGUAAUUCAGUUUUACUAGCAAACUAGAGGUUAAACUAACCCUUUUCCAGCCCCGGGAGAAGAGCAGGGAGCAUUUGUGCGACACACCUACACACUGCAGCCAACACACUAACGUGUUGUGAAACACAGUGUGGAAAGCUCUGAUUUUAAAGAGUCAAGGAUUGUUUGACUUGCUAAUCUUCAUUAUUGAAUUUUAAAUGUCUAAGUAACAGGAAAGGAGAUAUGCUAUAUUUGUUCAUUAAAGUACUUAAAAUACUGUUAGGGUUUACAUUAUAUAUCUCUCUCUCUAUAUUUAUAUAUAUCUAUAUUCUAUCUAUCAUGCUUGAGAGUGACAGGAAUGGUGGUGUGACUGGAGGCCAGCGCUCAUAGAGCCACUUUCCUGGUAACACUCUUCCUGCCUGCACUGACCGUUAGAAUUGCUAGAAUUGGGACAGAGAGAAAUAAAACUGGAAGUAAUUCAGAAAGAGAACAAAGGAAGCACUUCUUCGUGCUACAUGUUUGUAGAAUUCACUACAAAAUGUGGUGCUGGCCCACAACUGCAACAGAAUACAUGGGGUAACUUUUGCUAGGCUGUACAGUUUUGGACUGCAGGCAAAGGAGUGCUUGUGCUUCCAGAUAUGUUAAGAGAAACCUGCCAGCAGCUGCAGCAUGAACAAGCUCUAUCUCAAAGUCUGAUGCUGACAUAAUUUUGUAAUGUUAUGUAACUUCUCGUUCUUAGUGCGAAGCAAUAAGGAGGGCUAGAGGCAGGGUUUUGGAGAGGGGAAGAAACUCUUACCCCAAAAGAAUCAUUCAGCUAUACCCACCUGUCAGAUACAAGGGCUGUUAUUUAUUGAAUAAUUUCUACAAAAUAAUUGUUGAUUCAAACAGAUUUAUUUUCCCAAAUUUGUUAAAUACCGGUAUGUUUAUGUGGAAAGAGAAUAUUAGAAUAUAUUGAAAUCUGAUAGUAAUGUUCUUGAAUGUGCAUUGAAAUUCCUGUCUGCUGCAUAGCCUUCUCUAUUCACUGUUCAUUCUCCUUUGCCGGCUGCUUUUCUGUAAUUUUAUAAAACAGUGUAAGUGAACCUCAAGUGUUCUAUCAUAAUGCCCUCUGCUGGCUACUUUUGCAAAUAGCUGUAUUGCAUUACUCUUCUCACCCCCACUCCACAAGUAAGAUCCUUGUAUAUCCCCAUCACCACUGUGAGUGAAAAAUAAGUUGGACAUUUUUAAACAGGAAAAUAGAAGCAAGGCAGAUAGUUAGAUGGCUUUUCUGUAUUCACACAUGUAUGCACUUAAUGAAGCACAUAUUACUUUCUGUAAAUUAUUCCCUUUUUUGUGUUAAGGUGCAGGCGACAGAUUUGCACAGCAAAAAUUAUCUGCAACCAGCCUUCUUGGUUAGCAUUUUUCCAACAUUCAUUCCAUUUUUCAUCUGAAAGAAUUAAGUGCAAUGCUUAGUCUUCCCAGGCUUAAAAGUUCCCAGGCUUUUUCCUGUGCUUAAAAGUUUUUGUAGUAAUUCUAUCAGUUUAAAGCAAUUCAGUGCUAAGGAGGCUUAUAUUUAAGCUUAAUUUAAUUUAAUUGUGAUGACUAACUUAUAUUACAUUUUAUGUAAGUUGAGCAUUUUCAUAGUUUAGCAUUUUCAGAUUUGUGGCUUUCAUAAAGUUAAUAAAUGCAUUUAAUUACAGACGUGCCAAAGCAGCUCGAGUGAUUGGUUUACUGGCAUUGCAUACAACUGAGCUUAAAGAGACUGUUCCCGUUAUAGAGGUAAUAUUCCUUGCUAAUACAAUUAUUGGAGUUUUCAAAAGCAAUGUUUGGGCAUUUUAUUGCCUUGGUUUAUGAGUUGCAAAAGUUACUGGUACCUAUGUGUUUCAUAGUUUGUUCCAUUAAGGCAUACUACUUCCUCUGCUCACUCUACAAACACACCUUUGGAGGAAGGUGGCAAGGCUGCAACCUGGUCUACACUUAGCACAUUUGUGAUUGUAGUUUGUAUUAAACUGUUUUUACUGUUGCAUUUUACAUUGUUAUGACGUGCCCUGGGACAGAUAGAUAAAAUCUUUAUUUGCGUCAGCCAGAAGCCAUAGCAAAGGAAUCAAAUGCAAUAAAAUAUGCAAUAAAAUACAGAUAUAGCUAGAUGGUUGGCUAUACAAAAUUUACAACCAUACAAAUAAAAGAGUUAAUAACUGUCCUUGACCACAACUAAAACAUAUGAACAAGUGGUCUUUCUUUACUAGGCAUUAAACAGAUUAGUCAGGUAGUAGAGCUAAUUCUAAUUGCCCCAGCUAAAAUUUCUGCCAUGUUUGCUUCACCUGGUAAUCUUGGUCUGCAAGAAGGAAGAACACUGUAGCAGUGGAUGAAGAACCUGGUAUGGAUGAUAGAAGAGGGGUAAUAAUAGCCCUGAGACUUCAUGGUGAAGGAUGGGUAAUAAAUCAGUAACAAUAGCAAUAAUUGUAAUUUGUGGGGUUUGAUCAGAUUUGUUUUGUGAUUAAUAAUCAGUUACAAAAUGUCCUAAGAAAAUCUUAGUAUUUGGGGAUCUUUUAGUUUUGGCCUUGGUUAAACCAUCUGAAAUUAACUUUUGAAUAUGAAUAUUAUGCUUCUCUCAUUUCUAAUGUUGGCAAAGGUACUGAGAUACAGAACUGAACAUUUUAAUAUUCUAAGGAAGGGAUUGAAAACUGAAUGAAAUUGUUUAGAAUAUUAUUUCUUUUCUAAGUUCUUCACAACUAAAAUCUUAUAAAGGUUGAUAGCCACAUCAACAAUAAACUUGAUGGCUUAGAUAAAAUUCAUUUCUGGGAUUUGUGAAAGCUGUGUGCCGACACCAGAAGAGGGGAUGGAAAGAGGAUGGGCCAUGGGUAUAUGUCACAAGGGUCUAAUGUUUCUAUCAUGAUCUCUGUUCAGUAAUUUUAAAGGUAUUCAACAGAUCAGUGUAUUGUUAUAGAAACCUCCACUAGAGGUCACUUGGAUAUUGAAAUUAAAUACAAGGGUGGUGAAGAGGGAAUCCUAUUUUUAAUUUGAGGACUCAAUGUACACUAGGCAGGGAUGCCUAUUAAACAAUAUAAUUAUGUUUUUACUAUAUAGUAGAUGGUGUUCUAGUCACUCAAGAGUAUUUUGGUUGAAAUAAUUGGCCAUUUCCCAAAUAAUGUUGUAGCAUUUUACAAUUGGGAUUGCAUUUGGCCUGUAUUUAAGUGAUUUAAAAAAUAAACUGGUCCCUAUUACCUACAACCUUAGCAUGUGCCUUUUACCCACAGUGAGGUGUAGUCAAAUUUGCACUCUCUCACCCUGUGCCUUCUGUGUGAUUAUAAGAGAGUUCUUGAACCUGCCUUCCUUCAAACCAUUCCAUAUUUAAUCUGUAAUAGGUUGGCUUUUUUCUUUUCUUUUUUUAAAAAACCAGUUCAUGUUCCAAACUGUUCUUCAAUUAGUUUCUUAUUAUGAGUAAACAAUAAUUUCAUACUGUCAUAAGUUUUAAUGUUUUUGAAAAUCUAACAUCCCAGCCUUGGUUGGUUUAUAAAGUAUAUGAGCUAUGACUUCAGAUCUUUUCCUUUUUCAUCUGAAACACAGAACCAUUUUGCCAUUCUUUGAAAUUUGUGUGAAAACAGAGGAAAUUUUAAUAAAAGAAAUAAUAUGAGAGCAUUCAUUUCAAAAAUAGAAAUUCUACCCAGGCAGAGAAUUCACAUUUUUAAAUAAUAAAGUUAGAUUCACUGGGUAAUAUACAAUACUGAGAGGAGGGUAUAUACAGUGAUAAUAAAUUAGGGUUACCAUAUUUUUUUAGGAGAAUUCUAAAGUAGUCAUAAGAAAUUAUGCAACCUUAAGAGGAUGCACAGAGUUUAAUAUCCAGUAAUCAUUCUAAAGGUCUCUUAUGUCAAAUUUAUAAAAAUCUUAUUGACUUGGAUAUAGUAGGGGAGCAGCUGGUUCUUUACAUGUCUUUGAACAGAUAUGACCAGUGCUUUUUUUCCUUUAAAAAAAAAUGUUUAGGGGUACUCUCAUUUUGACUCCUGAAAAUCGCCGGGAAAGAAAAUGAAGCUGGCAUUGGAGGUGGUAACUGUUGAUUUGCAAGCCCCCUCCAUAGAGGCUGGCCCCUCUCACUGUCCUCGGAGCUUGCUUACCGGUAACCUCCUCUGGCUGAUAUCCAGACAGACCAGGGAGAUUAUGAUAGGCGACAUUUUCCCAAGAGUGGGUAAAAUGCACAACUCCUCCCUCCUGCUUCCUCAGGGGAAAGAAAAUAAGUCAGAAAUCUAUUUACAUGAUGUUUAUUUCUGACAUUACAGCACUAGAGAAAAACACGUCCUUUCAGUUCAGUUCUUCUAGCAAGUCUGACAAACUUCCUGAACAUGCGCAAAUGGAAGGUUUCAGAUUACACUCUUCACAGAGACUUAUCCAGCCUGUGAACGUCCUGGGAAAUUCUUCUUUCCAACAGAUAGGCACAUCAUUUGAUGUCAACAAUCUGUGUGUCUGCAGCGGUGAUGUUUCCAUAUACUGACAUCCUCCCCCAUAUGAAUCAUCGUUAGCUGCGGACAAAGCUUGAUCCAGAGAAGAAAACAAACAGUUGUUAUACAUAUAACAAUCCCCUGUUGUUUCAGUUCCACCCUUGGAACUACCCGCCACUGGUUUCACCAAUGUAACUCUCUGGUUGUCAGUUUUCCAAGGAAUGAGUGCAUCUGCAUUACCUUGGUUAGGGAACAUAGUGUUACGUUUAGCAACUCCCUGUUGUGUCUUUGUCUCUGACUUAGACAUACCCUUAACCUGGCUUGAGUUGUCAACAAUAGUAAUACAUGCAACAGCUGAACUAGCAAACUCUUGAGAAUACCUCUUGGGUGGUACGCCCUUUGUUAUUCUCUCAGACCUACGUAUGAGGUGCUGAUCCUCUCUGCUCACUGGUUCAGUCUCAGGACCUUUUGAAGAACCAGUUCCAAUAGUAAACAGUGGUUCAUCCUUAAUCUGUGAAGAUCUAGUCAUCGUGUGUGAACCUUUCUCAAUAACUGUGUCAACAGAACUCUCUGAGCUUUCUGUGUCACUUUCAGUACCACUAUAAUCAGAAUAAUCAAAUUCAUCAUCUGAAUCAUCAGCAGUGGGAAAUGUGUGAAAAAUUACAUUCUCCUGUGCAGGAGCACUCUCUAGAAAUUUUGUGAGAAUCACCUGACUAGAUUCAGACAAAAUUACUCUGUAGAGACCCUUUUCAUAACCCACAAAAAUGCCUCUGGCAUUCUUCACCCCAUCUGGAGUUUCUGUCCUGAAUUGAGAUCCAAAAACCCUAAAAUGUGCUAGAGAAGAUUUUCUUUGGAAUAGCUUCUCAAAAGGAGAACAUUCCAUGCCCUUUGAAACCUUUCUCACCCACGUGUAACAAAAACAUGAUAAAGAUUCAGCCGAAAACUCAUGUGGCAAGUGUGAACUCAGCAAUUGUGCCUUCAUGCCAUUUUGCAACUCCUUGUUCACUUUUACACAAACAGUUUUGUUCCACGCAGCCUCUGAAACAGCAACCUUGUGCUCUAUCCCUUGCUUCUCAAGGAAAUCCUGAAAAUCCUGUGAAAGAAAAAUUGGCUUCUCAUCUGUGAAAAGAAAAUCAAUAUUAGCAUCAUGAAUAUUCUUAACCUUAUCACAAAACUCCUUAAACCUUUCUAAGGUUUCUCUGGGAUUCUGCAACAUAUUCUCUGGGAUUCUGCAUCCAUUCAUAUUGAGAAAAAUGAUCAACAAAUACAAGAUAGUAUUUUGCAUUGCCUCUAGAAGGUGCUAAAGGACCAAUUACAUCAGCAUACACUCGCUGAAAAUCUUUGUUAAUCUUUGUUGCCUUUCCUCUCGUGUCUUCUUUCGAGAUACCUGCAAGAGAAAGCAUUUUAGAUUCACAUGCUGUACACAUUUUAUAGUCUCUUUCAUCAAAAGUCAACAGAUAUAGUCCGUCUUUCUCUCUGGCAGAAAGAUACAGCUCUCCAUCUUUGUAGAUUUUGCAGCUUUCCUCAUCAUACGAUAACACCAGUUUCUUCUUAGUGAUUUGAGAUACACUCAACAGAUUGUACUUUAAACCUGGAACAAAAUAAACAUUGUUUAUAGUCAAGUUCAGGCUUUCUAGAUACACAGUUCCGAUCCUGGUUGCUUGCAUUUCCUGACCAUUGGCCAGUUUCACAGUGAAGCGUUGCUUCUCAAAUGUAGAAAACAGUUCCCGGCGUGACGUCAUGUGUUGUGUCGCUCCUGUGUCUACAAUAAAUGAGUUAUCCACGGAUGACGUGGCUUUUAGUGACAUCAAAGCCAUAUCUGGUUUUGCCUGGGACUGGGUACGACCUUUGCUUGAAGCCUCAGGCUUUACAGAGCUCCCUCUAGCUCCUUUCUCCUGAUGUGGUGUCUUCUGACGAACAGCGUUCUGAGCUACAGCUUUCUCCUCCGUAGCAAUUGUAGUGGGGGUGCUUGAUUCCCGAGCUUCACUCCCUCCAUCAGCAACAGCAUCAGCAGCAACAGUCUCUCCACUUCCCUGUUGUGGCUCAAAGCUCCUCCCAGCUUUCGAUGAGCUCUCAAGAAUUUGGCUAGCUUCAUCUUGGCUCUCCCCCUUUGGCGCAACCAAUUCUCGGUCCUUGCUUCCCACCCCAGCUUCACAAGCUUUGCGGAGUAACUCCCAAGCGACCUUUGGUUCUUGUGCACCCUUUAGGACUGGCGCAAGAUGAGCGUCCACAUUUUCUGCCAAAAUUCUUAGGACACGCUGCUUCAAUUCACUUUGAACUGCAGCCUUCUCCCCCUGUGCUUGUACAGCAACAGGCUGUGGUGUUUGGACUAAGUCCCAUAAUUGCUGUCCCACCAGCAAAAAUUCCAUUUCAAAUGACCAUUCUAGCCAGUUUUGGCUAUUCAGUUUCUGAGAGAACAGAGCCAUCUUUAAUCCAAGCUGCAGCUUCAGCUACAAACUGGAAAAUCCAAGAGUCUAUUGGGCUGUUUACAAGCUGCUUGCACUUGGCAGUCAGCCCAGCCGCCUGGAAUUUUCCCUUCCCGAGAAUCUGCAAACAACAAGCCUUCGCUGCAAUCCAACAGCAAUCAGCAAGCUGCACUCUGCUUUGGAAAGUCCCCUUUCCAACAGUUUGUUUACAACAAGCUUCACUGAAAAACACUCAGCCUUGCUUUCAUUUCUGAAGCUUCUUUUCUCUCUUUGCUUUAAGCUAACCAGCUCAUAAAUUUAGCUCAAAAAAAUACUCAUGACCUGUCGCUUAGCAACGGAACUAAGGACAGUGAGAGGGGCCAGCCUCUAUGGAGGGGGCUUGCAAACCAACAGUAACAACGAAACUGACCAAUCACCAUGCUAGAUUCCAACUCCUACUUUACAUAUUAAACACUCGCUUCCGUCUGAGACUCGGGAAACAACGUGACAGGAAAUGAGGCCGCCAUCAGGGGUAGCAAUGGAACUGACAAUUCACCGUGCUAGAGAAGAAACUAAAAAUUUUAUUUUUUUUAGUUUCUUUUUUUAAAAUAAUAUUUAUUAAAAGUUUACAAAUUAAAGAAAGAAAUAAAGAGAAAAAAUAAACAACACAAAUCAACACAUUACAAUACAUAUAAAAAAGCAAAAGACACAAUACAUCAAAACAAAAGCAAAAGCAAAAACAGUUAAAAACACAUCCAAUAUUUCCAUAUCUUUAUCUUUCAUUAACUUGUUUCAUCGACCUCCUCACACCUCCCUUUUUGUGUUCUAGUUAUUAAUUAUUUCAGCAAAUCCUUUCCAUCUUUCAAUGUUUUCUGUCAUUUAAUUAUCUUAAUUUAUUUUGACCUUAUCUUACCAUUAAAACCCUAAAACUUAUUUAUACUUAUUUUUUUUAGUUUCUUCUCCCGUUAGAUUCACAAAAUGUUUAGGGGUAUGCGUUCUCUUGUGUCCCCCCAAGAAAAAAGCACUGGCUGUGACAAUCUGCGCCUCUGCAGAAAGGCAUUCAGAAACUACCAGAGAAAAUUUAUUUUGCCUUCUGUAGCCUUUACUUUCCUUCUUGUAAAGUUGCAUAGUUGCAUAGUUAUCAUGCUUUUCCCUGCUGUAUCCCAUUUGUGCUAAUAACGUAUUCAUUGUUCCAGGCAGUCACACUCUUAACCGAACUGAUCAGAGAAAAUUUCAGGAACAGCAAACUGAAACAGUGCCUUUUACCUACCCUUGGAGAACUGCUUUAUCUUGUGGCCAACCAGGUAAAUUAAACAGUUGUAUAAAAAUAUCUUACAUUUGCAAAAGUAAACAAACAAGUGAGCAGCUGGAAAUAAAUAGAGAUAAUAGAACUCUUGGAAGUAUAGCUUGUUCUUCAGUUUAUAGGAGAUAAGCAAAAUAUGCUAAUUUUAAGAUACAGACAUUUGUGUGGGAGUUGGGUUCUGAGUCAUUACGCGCUUGCAUGAAAUCGUGUAUAAUCAGAGCAUCCUUUGAGAAAGCGUGCAAACACUUUGUUUGGCCAAUCCAAUUCUGCACCUUUUUGUGACACUUGGUCACUUCCAGAUUCGGUGUGAUGCACGUGUGUGUGGUUGCACACAUAUCAGACGUGUCUAAAACAACCGCUUCCUUCAUUUGCCUGUUUUUAAGUUUGCCUUGCAUAUUUCAAAAGUUUCAUCUUGAUGCGUCUUAAAAUUAAUUUUAACAGCUAGCCUUUUUAUAGUGAUUUUCAGCAUCCUAUAAAUAUGGCAAAUACAAAAAAUAGAGUUAAAAACCCACAUUUUAGAGCAAACAGAGAAUGUAACCAAAAUUGUACAUGUUCUAUUCUUAAAGCACCUAUAAAUGGGCUUUUAAGCCCAUUCUUAAAAGUAGAAUUUAUGAACUAUCCUAUUAAAAAUGCUAUAUAGAAAGAUGACUGUUCUGACUUUUUAGGCUGUAUUCCUUUGAAAUGUUACAGGAUUUGGUUUCGUAAAGGUUUGAAUUACAGGCAACUCCCUAUUUAUGCAGGGAGUUGCGUUCCAAGGCACUGUGUGUUUUAAGUGAAAUCACAUAUAUUUGAAACACCAUUGAAAAACCUGCAAACACCCUGUUCCACCUCCACCCCAUUCCUGUUCCGUCUCUUUUUGUGAGAUUUUCAGGCCCUUUCCAGGUUCAGAAUGAUGUGUGUAGUCACUCACAAAUUGGACACACCUAAAGCAGUCACUGCUUGUAGCCUCUUGUAAGAGAGUUUUACGCCUUUCCCUAAAAUUUCCAGAAAGUUACUUCUUAUCCUAAAGUGCUGGGGUAUACUUGUUACCAGUUUCCAGACAGGAGGUGGGUGAAGGAGAGUGGAAAUUAGUCACAGUUAAUAUGGCUAGACCAAUUAAAUUACUUAAUUAAUUAAUAUUCCUUAUACAGUACUGCUGUUGAGUCAUUCAAAAGUUUUCCUUGAGAGCCAGGACCCAUUUGGAAGUAUUUACAUGGAGUCUUUAAAUUAUGGUAUGAAUACAGAUUCCUUGUGGUUUGGGUAAUUUUUACAUUGAACAUUGUAUUCAUAUAAUAAUUAACUUACUAAUUUGACUGCCCUUACAGUGCAGUGCUAUGCAUGUUUACUCAGAAGUAAACUCCGCUGUGUUAAAUGUGAGCUGGGCAGAGAAGAGACUGGGAAAAAAUGAGUGUUUUGUAAGACAAGAAGGACAAAGGUCUUGAGAAAAGAGAGAAGGAACCAAAGACAGUGGGUGCAGUUAUCUGUGUGCAAGUGGAGUAGACUUCCUCUUUCUCUCAUUUUCCCCCUUCAACCCCAAAUGUGCCAUCAACAUUUAUCUUAAGGGUUGGUGACUCCCUCCAGAACAGAUAUGGGGACACACAAGGGAAAGAUAAAUCUCAUUGCAUGAGCAGAGUCCUGUUUGUAUGACAUUCGAUUUCACUAAAUUACUGUGAAGUUAAGAAGGAUAACAAAAUUUACCCCAGGUAACUUUCCUCAUCUAGAUUCUAGUACAGUACACCUAAGGCCGAAUGCUAGCUAGGAUGUCAUAAAUUAUCUGUCUUAGGAAGACAUUCUUUUCCCUGUCAUAAAGCUGUUAAGUUUAUGUCCAAAUGUGGUGGUGGGUCUUAAAAUAAUUUUGAUUCGGUAUUCCCUCCAUGUAUACUUAAGUUGCCUCUCCCUUUUAUUUUCUUACAAUUGUAGAACAAGAGGGAGUGUUUAUUUAUAGAGCCAGAUAAUAGUUAUCAGUAGAGAUGCAUGGGUUUUUAGUUCCUGAUUAUAAUAUAAAUUGUUUUCUCUUAGAUGGCUUCAGAAUGGAAGUAAAGCCUAAAGAGACGUGGUGUCUGGUUCCCCAGGGGACAUAUCUGUUAACUGUCAUUUCUAGAAGUUCCUAUAUUAGUUUUCUAGUCAGUUCCUAAGGUCACUGGCUGAGGGCAUUAAGCCUGAAUAAAAAUGAAGCAGUCAUAUGAACAUAAGAUAACUGCAUUUACAUUUUGAGCAUACUUCCAUUAUGCUCUAAAAACUGAGAGGUUGCUCACCUCUGUAGCUUUGUUUCUAUAACUGAAAUAAAAUACAGUGAAAUAUAGAAAUAGAAAAUAUUUAUCAAACAGUUUGGUUCAUCUUUUGUCCAAGCUUUUAAGAGCAUAGGAAAAACCAUCUAAUUAUUUGUACAGCAGUUGUGUUAAAGUCCGUAGUCACCUUCACAAACUGCCUAAUCCAUUAUGCAAGUUAUGGUCUGUAGAUGAUCAUGAAAGUGUGCUCAUUCUUAAAGAGGUAUGGCUAUGGCAUACAUAUUCCUAAAUAUGUUUUAGGAAGAUCAUGUUUUUUGUCUGAUUUUUAAAAUUUAAAUCUAUAGAAUUACAGUUACAGCAAAAAUACAUUUGAUUCAUCUUCUUACAGUAUCCAACAUGACCUGCUAACAUAUUCUGUUGUAUUUCAGUAAAGAAUAAAAGGAACCAUUUUUUCUGAAAUACUUAUGUUAAAUAGAUUCUUCCAUCCCAUAUUUGUUUAUAUGGUAUUGUUUCAUUCAGCACCAUUAAGUCUCAGAUUUUCCACUUCCAGUGCUCUAUUGAACGUAUUCUGUUUUCUACACCAUUGCAAUCAAUAUAUGUGCAGCUCAUGCUUUUGAGGAAAUGUAAACCUGGUGUAAAAUUUAUCAUGUGACUUUGCUGUGGUUGUUCAGGAACCUAGCACCAAAGUAGGACCAAAAUAUUUCAUUUUUGGCUUCCAGCUGCAUAUUAUAGAUGUAAGUAGUUGGAAGUUGGAAGUAGAUAGAAGACUGUGAAUUAGUUGAGAGACAGAUGGAGAAGGUAAGAUUUACCAGAUGGAGGGGGAUGCCAUUCCUGAUAGGAAUGACUCCCCCUACUAGACACAGGCAGAGUCUUCAACUUGAAACAUCCUCUCCAGAGUGGAGUAGUCAUUCCAACCCUGCCUACUGCAAGGGAUGGUUGGGUCUUCAUGUCUCUCUCUUUGUGUGGAGAGAACCAUUUGCUUGAGUUCUUGUUUUGUGUAGAUUUUCCCUUUAUCUAGUCCUCACCUUCAUCCGGUUUGCUAGAUCAUCUUUCUGAGUUUUUUCACUGUGCUUUCCUGUUGGCUGCUCCCCCACAAACAUCUUCAUUUCUACUUCAUUCUCUUCAUUUUUCUCUCCCCCACCCCCGGUUGUCUGGGGAAGGGAAGAGGAGCUUGCAUUUACUGCCCUUUUUUGAAAAAGGCAGGAACGUCAUUUUGUUUCAACAACUCAGCGUUUCUUCAGGAGGCCCCAACAGCUCCUAGAGAGGUGAUCGCUGCACCUGUUGGUCUAGUGGCUUUCAUGUUCUCUGUGGUCUCUCCCUGCCUUGAUUGGCUGCAUUAUUGCUGCACCUUCGGGUCCCAGCACCAAUUAGGAGUUGGAGCAGCGGGAGCAGUGUGCUCAGUCGCAUUGAUUUUCUGCCUUUGCAUGCAGGAUGACUUCGCCUUAUAAUAAUAAUAACUUAUUAUUUAUACCCCUCCCAUCUGGCUGAGUUUCCCCAGCCACUCUGGCAGGACAGCCUCUCUCCUCCCAACGGAGGAGGCCUAUACAUUUGGAGAUCCCAGGCAAAGUGGCCUUUGGUGAUUCUCCAGGUUAUUCACUGGAACAGGCCGAGAUGAGUAUGAGGCCUUCCUUACUUCAGCAAAUUUCCCAACAUUGCCUUAAUGGACAAAGGGGGUUAUCUCUUCAGAUAUUAAUGAUUCCCUCAGGAGUUUUUUACACCCGGACCAGCUUGCUUCAUCACCAUAAGAGUAAAUUCAAGCAUAAGCGGUCCACAUGCAGGCAUAGGGAAAAGAGGGGCUAUUCACCAGAUAAAGCUGGAUGCUCACCCUCUUUCCUCUCACACCCGGGGUCUUAGGUGCCUUUUCUGGAUGGCCCUCCCUUGCCACCCAAACAGGCUAAGACGUCUGUUCCUCCCACUCAGGCAGUAGUUCCACAGGAGAGGUCACACCUAAUCCCCCCAAGCCUCAGGGUGCCACUGGGGCUUAGUGGGAGGCCUCUAGGGAACUGUCUUCCCAGUCGAACCCAGACAAGAAGAGGAAGUGACUGAGGUUAAGAACCAACCUAGGGUGUUCUCUGCUAAGGUUUUUAUGCCUUUAUUAAAAAGGCUUGUUGGGUGCUGCGAUUGCCAAAGGAAGAGACAGCCCCCACUGAAUCCCUUGGAAGUAACCAAAGCUUUUCAUGCAGCAAUAGCUAAGCCUGCCUCUGUUCCCUUCCCCAAGCCCUUUGAGGAACCUUGGGAUGCAGAGUGGAGAACCUCAACUAGAGCUUUAGGCUCCUUGCACACAGGGAAUGAAACAUUAUAUUGUAUCUUCUAGAUAAGUUUAUGAAUUGCCUCAAAGGUCCAGUGAUUGAUUUCAGAAUUCAUAGUUAAUGAAGCUCUCACAACUGUCUUGUUUCUUUCUGUUGUUGUUGAAUCCUUUAGAACUCUGAUCUCCCUUGCAUAGUCUUUGCAAACUGAAAAAGAGAUACAAGUAAUUGCCUUGGGGUAGGGCAGCGGGAAAUAUUAAGAUAUUAACCUGUCUAUUCAGAUGCUCAAAGUUAAAAAAAAUAUAAAAAUGGUCCAGGAGCUUCUUCUACCUACAUGUGACUGAUCUGAAAAUAAAUAUGCCAUUGAUUUAAAAGGCUGGCAGAACUGUUGUUAAUUUGUGACUAAAGUUAACAUAUUUAGCAAAACCAGUUCCUUAUAUGUAUGCAGUGACAUAAGAGGCAUCAUUUAAAAACGGACAGGUUCAUAGAGAAUGUGUGCGUAUAAAAUUGCAUUUUCCCCCAUAAAGAUUUAACAUAAUUUAUACUGUUCACUUCAUUUCUGGCCCUUCCACAUCAUUUACAGGAAGGGAAAAAGGAGCACCCCAGAGAAUGCUGGGCCCUUCCUUCAGCUGCUUACACUGUGCUAAUGAGGUGCCUUCGGGAAGGGGUAAGUUUCUUUUGUUGUUCUCAAUAGAAUUUCUCCAUUGUAAUAACCCUUUAGGCAUUGUGUGAGGAUUGUAGCCUGCAGCACUGCAGUGCCUUAUCAACCAAGGAUUGCUCGUGAAUUUAAAUAAUCAUAAGACCAUGACCCACAGAAGAAGAAAGUGCAAAAGGGAGAAAAAGUGUUCUCCGAUAUGCUUAGCAUUUAUAAAUUAUCUUUUGAUUUUGGAAAUAAAAUUAGCUGGUUAAUUUUAAGUUACAGUAUUUUUUAAAGGAAAGCUUUGACAACAAAUACAAUUUCUUAGUUUUAUACUUGGCAAGUUUUAUUCUUUUACUUGUUUUUAUAGACAUUAGUUGAUGAGCUUUUUAUGUUCUCAGUUGUCAUAUCCUUAGAAUGGCAUAUUGGGUUGGGUUCAACUAAUUUUGGUUUGCUGUUUUGUGUAUUUGGUUUGGGGAUAAUUUCCUUAAUUUAUAACCCAAGAUUAUAUAAAAUGGAAAACAUUGGAUUAAAGCCACAAAGAAGACUACAUUUGCUAUUUUCAUGAGGCCAGCUGGCAUUACUAAUGCCCAUGGCAAAUGUGGAGGAGUGAAAUGCUUAUAGGAAGAAAAACAUCAAGCAAAACAUAUUUCUUCUUCUUUGGCAAUCACUCGUAGCCGAGUAAGAUUGUCUUCCAUGAACACAGUCUUAACAGUGAGUCCGUAAGUGACUGUGAAGGCCAAUUCAGGAUGUGCACGUCCUUCCACAGUUGGGACAUAGGUUUCUGGAUGGGAGUUGAUCAUGGUGAGGGUUUGCCAAGUGUGCCUUCCUCUUAGCACAAUUCUCCCUUUUGUCCUGAGAUGGGCAUCUUCAAAAUCCGUGACACCUUUGGUAAAGGCUGUUCUUCAGUUGAAGAGCUCGCAGGCCCAUGUUUCCCAAUUGUUGGUGUUUAUACACAUUUUUAAAUGCCUUGAGAGAGUCUUUAAACUUCUUUAUCAUUUACAUAUUUGUAUGAAUGAAAGAUAAUUUCCAAAUAACAGGGAAUGGUUGGAUUAUUCUGAAUAUCUGAAUGGAUUCUUAAAAUCCAAAAGUAGAAUUCCUCUGGAGUCUAUCAUGGGCCCAGUUACUGUUAGAAUGCCUUUUAUUUUAAGGCUUUGAUGAAAUAAGCAAUAAAAUUGAAUCAUUGGCUAGACAUUAGAAAUAAUCUAAAGAUAUAUAACCGGGAAAAGGAGGCUUGACUUGAACGUCACUGUGAAUAAAAAGGCUAACUUUUUCUGGCUCGAUGGCCACAUUAAGGAUUUGCCACCUUUCUGAGAGUUGCAUACCAGCCAGAGCUCAUUUCAUAUGUGAAUACUCUCAUAUCAACACAUUUCGUUUCAUGUGCAUGCACACAUUCAGCAGAAAGAUGGGCAGACAUUCAGCUUCCAUCUACACACAGAGCAGAAGAAAGGAACAGACAAGAUCCUGCACACACAGGCACAGAAUGUGUGUGGGGAAACAGACUCAGCAAACACACACACGUUCAACAGCAUUUGUCCUCUUUAGGGCAGGACUAGUGUACUUGGGUCUCCUGUUGUUCCAGCGUUUCACUGGAGAAAAGAAACAUAGGCCCUUUGUACCUUUGAAAAAGGCCCCAGUCUCCCUCUAGUGGCAACAUUGUUAGGUAUUGAACAGGGAAACAGAAAUCAAUGUUUCAUUUUUCCUAAAGAGCUUUUAAGAAUGGCCGUACGCCAGAGUGAGUCCCAUUGAUCUCAGCAGGGCUGGCUUCUGAGUAGAUUUGAUUUGGAUUGUACUGUAAAUUGGUGAACGUGCAGCACAAUGACAAACGAGAUUUUUAAACAAUGAUUAUGUGGAGACAUGAUAGACAUUUAUGAAAUUAUGCCUACCAUGGUGAAACUGAAAACAUUUCCUCCCUCUAGUCAAAGUCAUUCAGUGAAACUGAUUGACAAUAGAUUCAGAAGAGACAAAAAUAUGUUCUUUCACACAACACACAAUUAAGAUAUGGAAUGCAAGGUGUGGUGAUGACUGCUAGUGUAAGUGCCUUUGGAAGUGAACUGUACAAAAUGAUGGCACCAUCUUGCAACUGGAACUUCUCUGGAAGUACAGUGGUACCUCGGGUUACAUAUGCUUCAGGUUACAUACGCUUCAGGUUACAGACUCCGCUAACCCAGAAAUAGUACCUCGGGUUAAGAACUUUACUUCAGGAUGAGAACAGAAAUCGUGCAGCGGCGGCGCAGCAGCAGCAGGAGGCCCCAUUAGCUAAAGUGGUGCUUCAGGUUAAGAACAGUUUCAGGUUAAGAACAGACCUCCAGAACGAAUUAAGUUCUUAACCCGAGUUACCACUGUAACUGUCUGGUCACUGUCAGAGAGGGCAAGAUGGAGCUAUGUCUGGUCCAUUGUUUUUUUUCUUCUGUUCCUAUGGAGGGCAGUCUGGCAAUGAUGUGGAAGAAGUGAAGGCGCUGCCACUACCACUGCCCACCUGUCCUCCUCCUCCCUGACUAUGCCCACUGCAAAUGUUGGACCUGAGUUUAGAAUCCCAUGAUAGUUGGAGCUGGACUGCUGGCAGGAUGAACAGACCCUUGCUUCCCUUCUCCUAACUUCAAUUUUCAGGAUGACAUAUUUGUCAGUUGUUGUGAACAAUUAGGUGGUGCCAUGCCAUUCCCUACAGCAUUUUAGUUUCUUAGCUAUCAUGAGAAGCAGGUGGUCUGAUUUUUCCCAGGGCUCUAUUGGGUAAAGGUAAAAUAUGUGAUUGUUUUGAACAUUUUAACUUCUUCUUAACUAAUAGGUGUUUAAUAUCUCCUGAAUUUGAUUAUUAGUAUUGAGUAACUAUAAUCUGAUUAAAAAGUAUGUUGAGCAUUCUAUUUAGUUGGUGUUUAUGAACUAUACAGGGCAGACGAAAGGUUUAAGGAAAGCUAUAUAAUCAUGUCUUACAGAUUCAUUUUUGUCAAGCAGGGUAGCUUAUAUGCUCAUGUUAUGACAAAAGGAACCCUUCAGUAUAAGAGACCAAAUAUUAGUUUAGGUCAGUCUUCUUUUCCAGGAGCUAAUUAAGCAGAAAAUGGCACAAUCUUCCUGCGUAUACACUGUUUGAUAAUAGAUCCCAGAGGGGCUUAAGAGAGCCUAUCUCAGGUGGCAGCAAAUUGAAUUAGUCUGACAGCCUCAUUGAGUUCAUGAAACACAGUGACAAUCCAUGACCCUUUUCCAGCCAAGAUGCUAUGGUUAUCUGGUCCAGGGCAUGCUUCAUCUUGUCGUUGGCUGCCAUAUGCAAACUAAAGAGAACCUUAAGGAAUACAUUUGACUGUACAUAACCUAAAUUACUGCCUUAUGUUGCUGGAGAGAUAUUAUUUAUAGUAACAAUUGCUAUCUGUUAAUUUUUUACUUUGGUUUUGAUCUGUUUUGAAAGUAGUUUUAAUUUGUGCUGAAUUAAAGCAAAAUUAGAACCCAAAUGAUUUAAUAAUUACACUUUAAAGAUUCAUAAUAUUAAACACUUUGUCUCUCUCCCCGCCCCCCCCAUUUUUCUUGGUGGUUAUUGCUUCUCAACAAUACAGUCAUACUGGGAAUGGCUCACAGCAAUUUGUAGUGCUGUGUCCUAUAGUUAAAAUAAAUACAGUCAGAACAAAACUAAAAGGGGGAAGCAGGUUUAUAAAAUAAUUUAUUUAAUUAAAAAUAUAUCUUCCUCCCUCUGCUUUCCCACGAAUAGCUCUAAGACUCCAGUGCCAAAGAGACGUGGUCUUCCUUCAUCCAUUUGCAUCCUUUUUGCUGGAAUCUGUGAGGCAAAGAAAUGACAAAAUAAUCUUAGGACAGUUGUCAAAAUUGUUUGGCAAAGCAAUGCUAAAAUGUCUGCUUUGCCCACUUGUUUUAGGAUAAUCCAUUCCAUCUUGUUGAAAUGAGGACUUCUUUGUUAGGAACUGGUGUAGUAAACUCGAGUUGAUGCUUCAUUAACGGUUGAUAAGUGGGAGUCAUUUUACUGUAGAAAUAACAUGUGAAGCAAAGUGGUUUGAAUCUGCCCUUAUGGAAAAAAUAGAAAUAAAUUAUUAUCCAGAGGUGGGGAAAAUCAUGCCCUAGGGAUUUCCUACAUCCAGUCCUUCCCUGUAUCAGUCAGCUGUUGCUAUAGUUUGAAUUUAAUUUUUACUUAGUGAUAGUUAAUUUUUUUAAAAAUUCUCUCUUUCUAGGAAGAACGAGUUGUAAACCAUAUGGCAGCAAAGAUUGUUGAAAAUGUAUGCUCCACCUUCUCUUCUUAUGCUCAGGGAUUUAUUACUGGAGAAAUUGGACCAAUAUUGUGGUAUCUUUUUACGCAUUCAACCAUAGAUUCUUUGAGAAUAACUGCUGUUUCGGUAAGCAGAUUUUGUUCUUUAAAAAUAAAGGUGUACAUCAUUCCUGAUUUUUAUGCUUCAUUUCUUCUAAUUUUUUAAACUAGGAUAGGUUGGAAAUAUAUUCUUUACACUAAGGCAAAACUACCUUUGGAUGCAACUAAUACUCAUUUUGAAGAAAAUGGAUGGUUAUUUAGUUGACUCAACCAAAAAAAAAAAUUCUUCCAAGCUGUCUCUCAUCUUCCUUAUGGUUGAAAUAUAUGUAGUAGGGCAUAUUACUAUUGUCUUGGCAUUUGGCUUUUUGCUCUACUAUUCCUAAUUUCAAAAUGAAUUCCUGCUUUGCAGGGGGUUGGACUAGAUGAUCCUCAUGGUCCCUUCCAACUCUACAAGUCUGUGAUUUUGUGUAAUUGUUGUUUUUAUUUUAAAUCAAAGUCACACUUUUGCUGAGGUCUUUGCUUGAUUUCCCAGGAACUACUCCCGCUCAACUGGUUCUGUUCAUCAAACUCUUCAGUCUAUAUUCUUUAUAGUAUAUUUGAUUCCUUGCUUCUGUAGCAAAGAUUUCUUAACCUAUCAGAAGCUAAAGUACAGUUUAGAAGUAGAGUUCAAGAUACAGAACUGCAAAAUCAUUUUGAUACGAUUAGAAAUCCUCUGCUUUCACCUUUGUUCUCCCGCAUUAAGCAACAUUACAGGCCAGGGCACAGAGGUAGGGUACUCAUUUUUUAAUAAACCUGUGUUUCCAGACAAAUGUCAUACAUUUGCAACAACGGGUAGAAGGGAAUGUUCCCUACUGAACUUUGCAGGACAGUGGUGAAGAACUGCUCCAUCAUUUGUUCAAGCAUCAGCUGUGUAAUAAACAUCUUAAGGUCCUUCUAGGUUCUCUUCUCAAAAAUGGUUUUCAACAUUGUGCCACUUGUAAAAUGAAAGUGUAG